UCUGUGCUGGAGACAAUAUAACAUGUCUGAAUGACACUAUAUAAAGACCUGUGCACUCCCAGCUCUCUCAGAUCUAUCAGAGCCUGGUGGCCAUCUAGCUUGUCCACUGUCAGAAUACUUUUAUCUGCUGAAACUAAUCUAUUGUGUAUUGAACUGAGGGGGAGAAAGAAUAUGAAUCCUGCCAAACUUAGAAGCAGAACAGAAAAUCAUUUCAAAGCUGAAGAAGAACAAGAAAUGGAUAAUUUAGGGAAAAAAGCUUGGGAUAACCCAGCAUACGAUGGUUCUCCAUCGCCAAAGAUUAAAGCAAUCUACAAUCCAAAAACCAUGCUGGAGAAUCCUUAUGACAGUAUGGACAAUUUGGGAGACCCACCACCCUACCGCGAGCACCAGAGGCCCAAGAAAUCCAAUUUCUGUUCAUUAUGCUGUUGUCACAUUGCUAAAGGAAUAAGAGGUAAGGAUAGUUUUUUUAUGAAUCUGUUGGAAGAAUGGCAUGGAAUGUAUUAACACAAUUCAGCUGUGUUAUACUGAUGUGUAUGAUAUUGUUCAUCCCUACAUACAAGAAUGUUCUGCUAAGAAGUUACCUACUACCUUUCUAUGGAUCUUUAAAUACUACUUUUCACUGGUGCAUUAUAGCUGGAGGUUAGUUAAGGACAAGGUUACUUUGUAAAUAUAUCUUCAAGACAUUUCAAGGAAGAGUUUAGUUAUACAGGAUCAUGCAAUGAUUUGGGAAUGGUUGGCAAAAUACCUGAAUACUGAAUUCUCAGCAUUCACAUACCUGUGGCAAAUUAUAUAGUAUAUACAAACACAUUUGUGAGUGUGUGUAUGCCAUAAUAAUAGUAUAUAGUAAAAGCAGUUAUUCGUUCUUUUUUUUUUUUUUCUUUCAUUUUCUAACAAUGCACAUUUCUCUCUUUUUCCUCUGUGUGUGUGUGUGUGUGUGUGUGUGUGUGUGUCUCUCACAUAUAUAUAUAUAUAUAUUAAUGUAAACUAUCUCCCCCUUCACAAAACUUUUAUAUGUUUUGUAUGUUUAAUCGUAUGAAAAAAACCCACACUGGGUGAAAUAUUUGUACCUGUUUCUUAAUUGUAUUUUGUUUGUUUUCUCAGUUGCUACUGUUAAUUUAUUUGCAAGAGUGCCCAUGAAUGCCUGUAUAUUAUAGACAAUCCUUGCAGGGCUAUUCGGGCAUUGGUUAGAUUUUUUUUUUUAAUGUAUAUUAUGUUCGAUUAUAGGCCAAUAUAUAAAAAAUUUAUAAUGAUGAAUGUCUAAAGGAAAAAUUUGGAGUGUCCUUUUAACUUCUUUACUGGCAUGGAGGCCAGCAAUAUAUAACACUCUACAUUUUUUUUUUUUUAUACGCUUUUAAUUGUGUUGUCACCUGAAUAUUUAUACAUUGCUUCCACGUAUUGUGUAGCACCGGACACUAUGUUUUAGUAUUUUAUAAACCAUCUUUGUUAGAUGGCUUUGCAUUGGCAGAUCUCUGUAAAACCAUGAUUCUAAGCUUUACCUGAAAAAGCCUGUUUGCUAUCUUUAACAAUUUUAAUAUGACCUUGGACCAGGUCACUGAAUAAUCUGAUGCCAAAUACUCCAUGGAAUUAACUCUGGAACUCAAUAAUACACAACAAAAUACAAGCCGUUUGCAGUUUAGCAACCACUGACUAUAAAUGUUGUUUAACUAUCCUGCUGGUUAUGCGUCAUGGGAAUCCUACUCCAUAAAAGUUUGAGUAAUUCAAUUAGUGCUGGGACCAAUGUGUCUGCACAAAAUCCCAUGUUAGAAAUCAAGAUGGCUGCCUCAACAUUUUUUUUCCCUGCUGUAAAGGGGUUUUAUUAAAUUUAUUGUUCAUUACACUUAAUGAUCACUUUUUAAAACUAUUGUCUCUGGGUAAUGAUGAUACUACAUUUCCUUUUAAAAAGACAAUACACUAAUAUGGAGACAAAUAAUAUCAGGAUUCUCCAAAAGCUAUUCCAGCAGAACUUCUCGUAAAAAGAAGCACAAGAUGAAAAUGAUGUCUAAUUUCUAUUUCAUAUACCAUAUCUCUUAACGUGGAGAGGGCUCUCUUAAUUCUUGCAAUUCAUUAUUCAGUGGUUGUCAAAUGUUCAAUUUAUACUAACAAAACCCAAAUUUACCAAAUUCAGAGCCCCUGUGCUGUGUCUAGCAUGACAUUAUGUCAGUGAAUGGACGAUCUUGUUAGGAAGUCGGUUGGACAUGUAUCCUAAAUCAGGGGUAGGCAACCUUUGGCACUCCAGAUGUUGUGGACUAUAUCCCCCAUAAUGCUCUUACACCCAUAAUGCUGGUAAAGCAUCAUGGGAGGUGUAGUCCAAAACAUCUGGAGUGCCGAAGGUUGCCUAUGCCUGUCCUAAAUCAUCAUUUUGUGGUGAAUUGUUUUCAGGUUUAAUUACCUGGGCCUAAAUGCAAUGUUCACUGAUUGCUUAAUAGGUUUGCCUUAGAAAAUUAAAAUUCUAUGACUAUAUGUAUACGUGGGUGGCAAUCUAUUAUAAAGUACAUUAUGUUGCACUAUGAAUGACAUGGAGACAUUCUGGAGACAUUAUAAUAAACUUUGGUUGAAUGUUUUAUAGAAGGCAUUCUAUUCCCCCAAUUCAUGUUUAGUAGAGUUGAGCAUUUUGAAUUCAGCCGAUCGACGGUUCGGACAAAUUCUGUAUAUCUGCAAAGCUCCAUGUCAACGUAAAACCAAGAAAGCAACCAGGCAAUGCCCGAACAUGGUUGGAUUCCUCAGGGCAAAAAAUUUUUUAACAAAAAAAAGACAUUUUUGAUGACUAGUAGACAGUCCUUAAAUGUUGAUUUUAUUCACAGAUCCAGUGAGAGUGACAAUUAGAGGGGAAAAAUGAGGAACAGGAAAAAAAAUAAUCAGCAUUUAUAUAUUUUAAUAACUAUAUAUAAUUAUAGAUUAUUAUUUUUUUUUAUUAUUUUUUUUUCUGCUCCUCCACUUUUCCCUGUGUUUGUUAGUUGAUUUUUUUUUUUCUCUCUUGAUCUGUGAACCAAAUGGUAGGAAAAUGUGUCUAUCCCUGUACUACAAAAUCAUAUAUUAAAGGACCACUAUAGUGCCAGGAAAACAUACUCGUUUUCCUGGCACUAUAGUGCCCUGAGGGUGCCCCCACCCUCAGGGUCCCCCUCCCGCACGGCUCUGGAAUGGGGAAAGGGGGUAAAACGUACCUUUUUCCAGCGCUGGGUGGGGAGCUCUCCUCCUCCGAUCCUCCUCCGUUCCUCCUCCUGGGCUGAAUGCGCACGCGUGGCAAGAGCUGCGCGCGCAUUCAGCCGGUCACAUAGGAAAGCAUUCAUAAUGCUUUCCUAUGGAUGCUUGCGUGUUCUCACUGUGAUUUUCACAGUGAGAAGCACGCAAGCGCCUCUAGUGGCUGUCAAUGAGACAGCCACUAGAGGAUUAGGGGAAAAUCUGUGAAACUGCUAUGUUUAUGAAAAAAUGGGUUAAGCCUAGCUGGACCUGGCACCCAGACCGCUUCAUUAAGCUGAAGUGGUCUGGGUGCCUAGAGUGGUCCUUUAAGAUUUAUAGUAUGUAAUAUAUUUUGCAGCACACAAACUAGCCCGCGUGUGUGUUUUUAUUUUUACACAAACGUAGCACUUAUUGUGUAAUGAACAGAUAUAUGAACAAGUCUAUAUAUAGAUACAUAGCUUGUGUGAACUGGAAAACAUGAACAAAGCCUCUUUUUAGCCAUUGUAACCAGCAGAAUUAUGGGUUUGUACUGGAAAAAACUGGUCUAGCUUAAUUAUGUAAACUGCAGUAUUCACAAAUAUGGCUAAAAGCAAUUAAGUUACCACAGACUAAAAAUGAACUUUCCAUCUUCAUAAUUUAAUGUGUCUCUAUUUUGUGGAUGUUACCAUAAUGUAUGUGUGGGACUAAUUAAGUAGACGGCUGCAAAGUUAUCUGCUGUAAAAAAUAAAUUGAAAUCCUGCGAUCCCAAGCCUAGAUCUUGUUGACCUAGGCCAAAAUAUAUCCAUAUAUCCCAGUGUAUUGUGUGUUUGUGUGUAAUUGUGUGUCUGCGUAUGUACUACUAUUGGUAUCAUCAUCAUCAUCAUAAUCCUCAUCAUCAUUUAUAUAGCGCCAACACAUUCUGCAGCUCUUUAUAAUUCUAGAAUUUAGAGUCUAGAAUUCACAUACAGGACAUAAUUGAGACGAGGUGAAGAAGGUCGUGCUCAAAUAAGCUUACAGUUGAUAAGAAAGGGGUGAAGAAACUGCAGGUCGGUUUGUUGAAUAAGAUGCCCAUGUCACAAUAAACCAGUAAAAGUGGUGUGUGGAAGGAGAGUGAGCUGGGCUAUGCAAGCGAGGGAACAGAGGAUGUCAAUUGUGAUGAGAUAAGAACCACACAAGAAGAUGGUAGGAGUUCCUAAAGAGGUAUGUUUUCAGUGACUUCUUAAAGGACAGGAGGCUAGGGAAAAGUCUGAUGGCUUGGUGUAGGGAAUUCUGUAGGAAUGGGGCAGCACUUGGAAAUUCCUGCCGAUGACAGUUGGCAGUGUGGGAAUGAGCAGAUGACCGGAGGAAGUCGUUUGCAGAGUGAAGGGAUCAAGAAAAGGUGGAUUUAUUGAGUAUAGAGGAAGUGUAGCAAGGAGUGGAAUUAUUGAGGGCUUUGUAGGUCAAAUGGUAGCAGUUGGAAUUGGAUCCUGAAGGGUACAGGACUCCAAUUUAAUGAUUGGUGAAGAGGUGAGGUGUGGAUGUUGCAGUCAGCCAGAAAGAUGAGCCUGGCGCAGUAUUUGGAAGGCUGAUGUGUAGUGAGUUGCAAUAGUCGGGAAAUGAGAGCAUGAACAAGUGCCUUAGCGGUAUCUUGAGUUAGAAAAGGGUGAAUAUGAGCAAGAUUUUUAAGGUUGAAGUUACAGGGUUUGGAGACAGACUGGAUAAGUGGGGGAAAGGUAAUAUCUGAGUCAAAAGUAAAUCCAAGGCAGGGAACUUUGGGCUUUGGAGUAAUGGGUGUCCCAUUGACUUGCAGGGAGAUAGAUGGUGGUGGACCAUUUGUGUAGGUGAGAUGAGGAGUUCAGUUUUAGAAAGGUAAAUAUUUAGCGUAAUGUUACAGAUGGAAGAGAGGGUGUUUGUGUAACAAGACAGGAGGCCAGGAGAGUGGUCAGGGGAGGAGAGGUAAAUCUGAGCAUCGUCAGCAAAUAAGUGGUAUUGAAAUCCAAAAGAGUCAAUUAGAUCACUGAGAGAGGCAGUGCAAAUGAAGAACAAAAGAAGGGCAAGAACAGAGCCUCAGGAACACUAGCUAAGACCACAGUGGGGAAGAGGUGGCACAAAAGGAGACACUAAAUAAAAAUUGACAGGAUAUCACCAAGUCCAAGGUUGUGGAAAGUUGUGUAUAUGUGACUAUGUGUGAUACUGUGUGUUUAGGUGACUGUGUCUAUGUACUGCUUGGGACUGUAUGCAGGGGCGUUUUAGCCGCGAGGCAAACAAGGCAUUUGCCUUGGGCGGCAUUUUCCAGGGGGCGGCAAAAAAAGCCACCCCCAAAUGCCCAGGGCAAAUGUCUUGUUAGCCUUGCGGCUAACUGACAUGCCGAGCGGGCGGGCGGCGCCGGGCGGGCGGCGCCGGGCUGGCGGGCGGCUGGCGAGGGAGCUCUUCCUCUGAGCUGUCUGCUCAGCUCCCUCGCGCGCCGCAGAGUGAGGCUGGGAGCCGGAAUAUGACGUCAUCAACCCGGCUCACAGCCUCACUCUGAGGCACGCGAGGGAGCUGAGCAGACCGCUCAGAGGAAGUGCUCCCUCGCCAGCCGCCCGCCCAGCCCAGCAGCCACUGGACCCCCAGGGAGAAAGGGAACCCUCCCCCCCCCCCAGCAUUCCCAAAGGUAAGGAGGCUGGGGGGGGGUGGUGUAAAAAAAAAUGUGUUAGUGUGUGUGUCUGUUAGUGUGUGUGUGUGUGUCUGACUGUUAGUGUGUGUGUGUUUGCCUGUGAGUGUGUGUGUCUGCUAGUGAGUGAGUGUGUUUGUGUCUGACUGUGUGUGUAUGUUUGCCUGUGAGUGUGUCAGUGAGUGUGUGUGUCUGCUAGUGAGUGAGUGUCUGUGUGUGUCAGUGAAUUUGUGUUUCUGUUAGCUAGUGUAUGCGUAUCUGUCAGUGUGUGUGUGUGUAUUUAGAAGGCAGGGCGGGGGUCGCGCACAUGUGGAGGGGGGGUGGGAGGGAAGGUUUGGGGGGCGCCUGAGUUUUGUCCUGCCUAGGGCAGCACAAAACCAGGAUACACCGCUGACUGUAUGUAUCUAUGUAAGGAGGAAUGACUGUGUUCCCAGGUGAAUGGCUAGUUGUAUAUGUAUCUAAGGGUGGUAAAUUAUAUGUGGAGGGUGUAUAUAGCCUUCAAUGGCUAAACCUAAAUAUAUCACUAUUGAUAAUAAGCCCUAAGAGGAUCCAAGAAUACAGAAUUUUGUUGAUUUAUAUAAUUAUAGGGUUGAAAUAAAAACGAGAAGCUGUUGCCCAGGCUGUGAGAUGUAUUUUUUUGGCAGCUGCCUUCGGAUUAAGGGUGCCAAAAUUGCACCAAUGUAGUCACCCACCAAAACUAUGAUCUAAUCACUGAACUUACAGGCUGGUUAUGUAAUGCAUACCAUACUAAAUUAUAUCCUUUGAUUAAAGUGUAAAGUUUCAUGGUGAGCAAAUGUUGAGGCACAGGGAGGGUGCUGGUAACCAUAAAGACCCAAUGGUUAAUAUAUUUCUGUCCCAUGGGCCCUAGAUCCAAAUAUUAAAUUUUUACUAAUACUAUUACAAGUUAAAGAGUCCAUCCAUUUAGCUAUGCUUGCAUUAAAAAGACACAAAUAACUGUUUAUGCUCAGAGUUCAUGUUUAAAUCUUUGUUUAACAGUUUUGAACACUAUGAAGCAUUUUAGAUAGAGUCCUUUUUUCCCCGUUUACUAUAUUUUUUUAUUUCCUCUUAAUAAUUUUAGAGCUUAGGUUUUUGGUUUAGGUAUUCAGGUUAGAGGUUACGUUUUUGGAUUAAGUUUAUGGUCACAUUUAAAAAUUGAGAAUAAGGUGCAAUGAUCCAGUUCUUGUUUGGUUUCCAUUUUUCUAAAGUUUGUAGACUUGUGCACAGCAGAAAAAUUUGUUUGGGCUGAAUUAGUUUUGUUAGAAGAAAACCAUUUUAUUCAGUCCGAUCGAAUUUCGUCAUUGCAGCAGUUUUGACUCUGACCAAAUAUGCUCCAUGCAAAGUAUUCGGAAAAAAGGAUUUGGACUAACUGGAAAAGUGUGAAAAUGCACCUACUGUACUGCUACUUAUAAUUAUAAUAGUUAAAUGUGUAUAUAUAUAAAAAGCAAUUCUAUAUUUACUGAAGCAAAUUACGGUCAAAAUUUCUUUGACCAAUUUCCAGCUGAGUGUUUUUACCACUUGAAUUCAGUUCACAUUAGGUCAACAUUCAGGAUUUUUUAGCAUUCAGUUGUGAAUUUUAAGAGUUGAGUCUGAUUGAUCCCUGAUUUAUUUAUUUGUUUGAUUUAGUGUGAUGGAACGGACUGAGUGGGAUGUGUGUGAGAUUGGCUGUGUGUGAUAUUGUGAUAUUUUCCAUCCAAUUGUUUUAAGAAAAAAAAAUCUAAAAAUGCUUGGGCUCCCAGAGCAUCCCUGAUGGUUCAGUAGAGGAGUGUGUGGACCACUCCUCCGGUUGGUGCAGGUCACAUUGAAUGCUCUUCCAGGCCGCUGCUCAGUGAAUCCCCUUAGAAUGUAAGAUCUUUUAAGCAGGGCCUAGACCUCCUUCUGUUCCUGUAUGUUCAACUUGCCUUGUUGCAAUUACUUGUUGGUUAGAUCACCUAUUGAAUAGCUCUGAGGAAUUUAAAAAAAUUAUACAAUGGAUUCAGUUGUGUUUUCUUUGUUUAUGCUACUGAUACAAGAUUAGCCAAGACAUCGGUUAAUAUAUAUAUAUAUUUAAAAAAAAGUGCAUCAUAAAGGCUAUUUAGAGAAGUAGAAAACAUAAAAAGAAAUUCAGCGAUCUAGUCUUUCAUAAAAAAAUUUUUAUAGUGAAAAUGAAUAAAUAUAUCUUCUUUUCCUCUCUGGUUUCCAGGACUUUGGGGAACAACUCUUACAGAAGAUACAGCUGAAAACAGAGAACUCUAUGUAAAGACCACCCUGCGAGAACUACUGGUGUAUAUAGUCUUCCUGAUGGACAUCUGUCUCUGUAAGUGUUUAUAUGGAUAAUAUACUGUGUAUGUAGUGCUUGCUGUGCCAGGACAGUAAAAAUGGUGCUCUUCUUAAAAUAAGAGCAACUGGGAGGUUUCUCUUUACCAAAAUAUAUAUGUGUGUGUUUGUGGGUUUUUUAUACUGUUACAUCCACCUGGCUUUUCAAGCAAACAACUGGUUCUGUUACUGCCUGCCUUGCAAAGACUUCCUAUUGAGUUGCAUUGGGAAGUCUGUGAUUGGACAGCCACAUAAAAUCUGGGUGGGGCUAGAAGGGGAGGGAUUGCAAUGGCUGCAGACAAGAGAUCUGCAGGUUUUGGAAACUGAUUUUAGAUAUAACUUCCAAUGGAAAAAAAGCAUAAUUAAAAGCAUUCAUAUUUUCAUUUGGGGUAUAGCUACGAAACAGUGGAUUUUAUUUAUUCUAUAUUUGGGUAUUGGAGUGUCCCUUUAAUGACAGUAAACUUUUAUCAUAUUUAUCAUGGUGUUCUAGAGCAGUGGUUCCAAAGCCAAUCUUGAAGGCACAUAAAUGGUGUGGGUUUGGUAGGUGACCACUGGGCUCCUGUAUAUAGUGCAGUGUAACUUGUAAACGUAUUGCUCAAAGUAGUUAUUCAACAGAUUGACUUGAGAAGCUGGAACACAAUACUUCUCAAUACUACACAAUUCCCAGUUUAUAGAUUUAACCUACGAGUGACGUUACUAACCAGUAGCUCAUGGUUCCUACCAUCAGGUAUCCGAACUUAUUUUAGAGUUUGCUGAAACUUGCCAUUUAGCGCGGAGAUCCAUUCCAAAUUGUAACCCUUUAAACUAUUUCAUUUUUGUGGUUUUCAUAGAUGGCCAUCAUCAUUACAAAAUACUAAAACAUUUUGAAUUGGGCAGCUCCUACCGAGGGAAUUGCUUACCAGAGUGCUGCUGUAGAUUGAAUUACACAAAUGGAAGGUUUAAAAAAAAAAAAAUGUUUGUUCUGUGCUUAGUAUUUAGAAAGUAAACAUUAUUGAAUGCAUGUGCUUACUUGAUACGGUAUAGCACUAUUGUACUUUCGAUACACCUGUUUAAUUCCUCAUGAAUGGAUUGCUUGAUUUUGUGCAAUAAAAAUAUCUUCUAUCGACUUUACCAGCCAGAAUUUUGCGAGCAUGUUGUAUGUAUCUAAUACUAGAAAAAAUAGGUCCCUAGAUUUGUAAUCGCAAUAAAUGAAAAAAGGGUGCCCCACAUAUAGGUAUGUUUUAGUCAAUAUGUAUUGUUUAAAAAUUAUCUAAAAUGUAUCUUUCUGCAGGUUACUUAUGUAUAAUUUGGCACGUAGUAAAAUCCAACCUUUAGAUGCACGUAAAAAAACACACUAUACAUGACAAGCAUAAACAAAAUUAACACCGAUAUAAAAAAACACUCUAAGGUAAACAGUACAGUUGAAGCGUAAACCACUCUUGCUGGUACCUAGUGAAGAAUCUCUUGGUAAAAUGGUAGUCAGUAAAAAUUUCUCAUAUAAAAAUAUAAUGUUUGACAACUAAGAAGUAAAAUCAGGUGCUUUCCGUGUCAGCAUACAUAGAGUCCACUCACUGCAAACUGCACAGGCUCAACCUCCAUCUCACUUGAACAGCAUGUGACACAUAGGCGUGCGCACAGGGUGUGCUGGGUGUGCCUGGGCUAUGUGCCUCCAAGGGCCUGUGAGGGAGAUCAAAGCGUGGGCCGCAGGGAGGGAGGCAGGAGAGGACCCGGGGAGCUCUAGCCAGCAGCUCUGCUGGGUUCCUCUCGCAAAGGUCAUAUCUCGCGAGAGUGAACUCUAGCCCUGUAGGCUAGAGUUCACUCACCACUGGACCACCAGGGAUGGCAGCAGCACGGUCACCCCUCCCUACAAAAGGUAAGAAGGGAGGGGUGCUAUUUCCUAAAUCGUCCCCCCCACCCCCACAGUCCAUCCAAACAAAUACACACAUACAGCACCCUCACACACAUACAGCACCCUCACACACAUACAGCACCCUUACACACACACAGCACCCUCACACUUACAGCUCCCUCACACACAUACAGCACCCUUACACACACACAGCACCUUCACACUUACAGCUCCCUCACACACUAACAGCACCCUCACACUAACAGCACCCUCACACUAACAGCACCCACACACACAGUACCCACACACACAGUACCCACACACACACUGACAGCGCCCUCACACUGACAGCGCCCUCACACUGACAGCGCCCUCACACAUAUACAGCACCCUUACACACACACACACUGACAGCGCCCUCACACUGACAGCGCCCUCACACUGACAGCGCCCUCACACAGCACUCUUACACAUAAACACACAGCACAGACCCACACAGCACCCUCACACAAAGCACCCUUACACAUACACACACACACACAGCACACACACACACACUAACAGCACCCUCACACAUGCACACACACUAACAGCACCCACACACACAGUACCCACACACACACUGACAGCUCCCUCACACUGACAGCUCCCUCACACUGACAGCUCCCUCACACUGACAGCUCCCUCACACUGACAGCUCCCUCACACUGACAGCACCCUCACACUGACAGCACCCUCACACAUAUACAGCACCCUUACACACACACACACUGACAGCGCCCUCACACUGACAGCACCCUCACACUGACAGCGCCCUCACACAGCACUCUUACACAUACACACACAGCACACACCCACAUAGCACCCUCACACAAAGCACCCUUACACAUACACAGGCACACACACACACUAACAGCAGCCUCACACUAACAGCAGCCUCACACUAACAGCAGCCUCACACUAACACCAGCCUCACACGAACACCAGCCUCACACGAACACCAGCCUCACACUAACACCAGCCUCACACUAACACCAGCCUCACACUAACACCAGCCUCACACUAACACCAGCCUCACACUAACACCAGCCUCACACUAACACCAGCCUCACACUAACACCAGCCUCACACUAACACCAGCCUCACACUAACACCGCCCUCACACUAACACCGCCCUCACACUAACACCGCCCUCACACUGACCGCGCCCUCACACUGACCGCGCCCUCACACUGACCGCGCCCUCACACUGACCGCGCCCUCACACAGCACUCUUGCACACACCCACACAGCACCCUCACACAUAUACACACACACAGCACACACACAUACACACACAGCACACACACUAACAGCACCCUCACACACUAACAGCACCCUCACACACACAGCACCCUCACACACACAGCACCCUCACACACACAGCACCCUUACACAUACACACACCGCACCCUUACACAUACACACACAGCACCCUUACCACACACACACACUAACAGCAACCUCACACACAGCUCCAUCACACACACACAGCAUCCUUACACACUCACACACACACCACCCUCACACACACACAGCACCCUUAAACACACACAGCACCCACACACAGCAGUGUAUGUGUGUGUGUGUGUGUAUAUAUAAGCGGCAAUGUGUUUGUGCUUUAGGGUGCACACGCCUAUGAUGUUAUGUCAUAACACUGAUCACCAUCAAUAUGUGUCAUCUUGAUGGACUUUAUCAAAAUGGAAUUAUAAGUGAAUGCAGAGAAAGCCUUGAUUUAAACCCCCCUUUAAACCCUCCCUCCCAAUUAAAUAAAGGUUCAAUAAUACAAAUGUAAAUCACGGUGUCAAAAGGUCUCGCCAACAUUUAAAGGGACUAAUAUCUAUCGCAAGCCUCAUACAAAUAAGAAUUCUAUAGGAAGCCAUAAAACAGACUAUGUCUACAGCAUCCCAGUGAUUCUAGGCAAAGCUUCCUCUGUUGGUCUUCAAACCUCCUCCAUCAUCACUGGUGCUCUCUCAUGGUCCAAUCUAAUGCCUGAAGCCCUAUUAAAUAAAGCAAGGAGAUAGGAAUGGCAAGGAGGCCUCUAAUACACCGAAAGAAGGGAGAGGAGAGCUCGAUUUUUCUUACUGACACACUCCAAGUGCUAACAACAAGCAAGGUGAUAGCCCGCACCCCAAAAGCAAUAAGAUAUAGCAGAAAUAUACAACAUAAAAAAUAUAAUUACAUCCUUUGAUUCACUCCAAGUGCUGCCUACAAAGGAGUAGCUGACAAUGUGUAUCUCAGCGCGACAAAAAAGCCCCCAAAAAACAACAAUCGUUAUUGCACAGAAUUGAUAUUGGCCAACCUGGAAGAGAGUUCUCUACUGCCUAAGUGGCCAGAUGAAAUGCUGCACAUACAGACUCCUACCACCAUGACCACUUCUAAAACAGUGGUCACAGUGGUUAUAGCAAACCUUUUAUAAGUGUACUUGUUCACUUUAGAAUUGUUCAUUUUACCCACCUGCCAGGCCCACCGCUCCUAAGCCCUCCAAGAGACUAAGUGUUCAGUUAUAUAGCGUUAACACCUCCUUUUGAGCUUUCCGACUCUCUCUCUUUCCCCCGUAUAAUUUUGCUCAUCGCAACCGAUAGAGCCAACGCCAGCAACACGGCACAACACGACACGACCUGGGGAUAGGAACACACGUAGGGCAUCACCUUUCCCACAACAGGGACCAAUCACCCCCCCACACACACACACACAAACACACACUCACGGGCAAUCUAGGACACCACUGCUCCACAUCCCCUCCCCCCCUGCUACUCCCAUGGUCAGGAGUACUCACUUGUAGUGCAAGAGAUCCAAACAGGGCACAACACAAAUACUGGCCCCCGAAUGGCCACCACGUUGAAAAACAACCUAAGAAGGUCACAUUCCCUCUAUGCACUCACUGCUGCCUCAUCUAACAAGCGCAAACACGCACACAUGCAGAGAUCCCAGCCCAGUAACACUCAACUGAACCCCCAGCAUAGGGAAACACUACCCUUGGGUAAGUGGAGGAAUAUCACACAGCCACACACCCUUUAAAACGAAGGGUAACACACAAGCUACCUGGGUACAUGCAAACAUGGCAAAAAUAUAAAUGGUGCAAGAACUUACUGUAACCCACCUCAUACUAGUACUACACUAGUACUAGUACUACUAUUUACUAACUACGAUCAGCUUUUGUAUUGUAUAUGCUUUGCACUGAAAAAUAAAGUGUUCAUUUUAUUUUUACUCUCCAUUUCAUCAAGCAGCUCAAUAAUUUAAUAAUAUAAUAAACUAACAUUCUCCAUCAAAUUAAAAGUCUAUUAAAGCCUCUCUUUCUAAAUAAUGAUGUGGAUCUUUUAAAAACAAAUUAAAGAAUCCCUAUUUAACCUCAACGCUCUCAAAUAAGAAUUCAAUAUUACCCUAAUAGAAUAGCCCUUUUUUCAAAAAAAGACAAGACAGACUUCCUCCUCAAAGUUGUCUUAAAAGGAAUGGUCUCGGCAUAGCCUUGUGAAUUCCCCAAACGGAUGUUUCUUGUCCAUGUGGGAUGAUUUUCACAAUGGGCAAAAAAAUACCGUUUCUAUCCCAUUUCUUAUCAUUAAUAGUGUUUACAGUUCUUAAAGUUCCCUUCAAUUUAUUUGAUGUAAAGUACAAACCAAAUGCAACUAAAAAAGGGUCAACCCUCCCCCGAAUAAUAAGUAUGUUGUCUAUGAAGUGGGGAUAAAGGGUUAAUCUGUACCUGCGUGGGUUGGAAUUGAACAUGUUACAACACUGGCUUUGGACAUUUUACCAAGGGAUUCUUCACCAGGUACCAGCAUGUGAUGUCCCCACUAUAAUAAGACUUUGAACUGUUAAUCAUGGAUUAUAAAGUAUAUUGAAGACCGGUACACUUUCUAUUUUUGCUUACACUGAUCAGCCACAAGAUUAAAACCAAGGACAUGUGAAGCAAAAAACAUUAAUUAUAUAUUGUUACAAUGGCAUCUGUCAAGGAGUGGAAUAUUUUAGGCAGAAAAUGAACGGUCAGUUCUUGAAUUUUAUGUUUUGGAAGCAGGAUAAAUAGGUAAGAGAAAAAAUCUGAAUGUCUUUGACAAAGGCUAAAGAGUGCUGGCUAGACGACUGGGUCAAAGCAUCUCCAAUACUGCAAGUCUUUUUGGGUUUUCCCAGUAUACAGUGGUUAGUACCUACCAAGAAUGGUGCCAGGAAGGACAACUGAAGAACAAGCGUCAGGGCUAUUGGCACAAAAUGCUCGUUGAUGCACAUAAGGAGUAAAGACUAGGUUGUCUGGUCUGAUCACACAGAAGAGUCACUGUAACUCAAGUUGCUGAAAAACAUAAUGCUUGCCAUGAUAGAAAGGUGCCAGAACACACAGUGCAUCACAGUUUGCUGCAUUUGACUGCAUUGCCACAGAACAGCCAGCGAGCCCAAGAUGACCAUUGUCCUACACCGAAAGUGCUUUCAAUGGCAAUGUGAGCUUCAAAACUAGACUGUGGAACAAUGGAAGAAGGUUGCCUGAUCUGAUAAAUCACAUUUUCUUUUACAUCAGUUACAUGGCCCGUGAAUGUGCAUUGUUUACCUGGGGAAGAAAUGGCAACAGGAUGCGCUAUAGAAAGAGGCUGGCUGAGGCAGUGUUAUGCUCUGGGCAAUGUUCUGCUAGGAAACCUUGGGUCCUGACAUUCAUGUGGAUUUUACUUUGACAUUUACCACCUACCUAGAGAUUGUUGCAGACCCAUACACUCCUUCAUGGCAAUGGUGUUCACUGACCGCAGUGGCCUUUUUCAGCAGGUUAAUUGACCCUGCCACACUGCAAAAAUUGUUCAGAAAUGGUUUGAGGAACAUGACCGAGUUCAAGCUGUUGCCUUGGCCUUCAAAUUCCCUAGAUCUGAUUCCAAUUGAGCAUCUGUGGGAUGUGCUGGAACAACAAAUCCAAACUAUGGAGGUCCCACCUCGCAACUUGCCAGACUUAUAGGAUUUGCUGCUAAUGUCUUGGAUUAGAGCGUCAGCUGACGCUUGAAGCCAAACAGUGGCGAACCUGUCAGAGGCUGUCUGAGGCUUCCUGAUGCAAGUCUUGCCACGGACCUCCUGGCACCAUGACAACUUUAGUACAAUUAAGUUGUUAUGGUGCUUGGAGUUUCCAAUUUAAGCAUAUCAUAAACGUGAACAAAGACAGUCUCUCACGUUUCACCUCAAUGGAGGCUUAAAGGGACACUGUAGUCACCAGCUUAAUGUGGUUUUUCUAUAGUAUGUCAAUGCAGGUAUUUUCAUGUAAACAUUUCCUUUUUAGAGAGACGCCAAUGUGCAGCACUAACGUUCAGUGUCUCCACGCUCUGCAUGGAUGCGCUGAACUUUCCCCAUAGAGAUUCAUUGAUUCAAUACAUCUCAAUGAGGAGAUGCUGAUUGGUGCAACGUGGCAUUUUGCUGUGCAUGCACAUUAGCCUCCCUGUGCUUUCCUAUAGGACAGCAUUGAAUUGGCUGAGAUCAAUAAUUUUGAUGAUCUCAGCCAAGGAUGCAAAGUGUGGGCGGUGCCAGCGCCAAUAGACCCUUGCGAUGCUGGAAUAAAGGUACCUUUUAACUUAUUUAAGGGGGGAAAAGGGGGCUGGGGACCUAAAUACUGUUUUUAACACUAUAAGUUGAGGAAUACACGUUUCCAUUCCUGACUCUAUAGUGUUCCUUUAAUAACCGAAUAUAUAUAUAUAUAAUAACUUAUUGAUUAAAAAUAUCAGCUAGCCCUCAAUAAUUGUUGAAAAUAUAAGUGUUAUUAUUAAAUUGACUGAAAAUAAUUACUGGUAUAUUAUUUCAGUAACAGAACAACAUGGUAGGAUUACAUAGGGUUUGUUACUGAAAUAUAUGUUUACAUAUCCCCCUUUUGUGUCACCAUUAAAAUAAUUUGGAAGAAUAACUGUAGCAUUUUGCAAUAUGUUACUCAUUCGAUAACUAGACUUUUUUCAUUGAUUGGAGAAAUUACUUUCAUGUAUAAUGUAUUUUUUUUCUUAGUGACUUAUGGAAUGACCAGCUCUAAUUCCUACUAUUACACGAAUGUGAUGUCCAAUCUAUUCCUGACUACACCAGCAGACAAUGGAGUAACGUUUACGACCAUCAGCAGCAUGGCAGAUUUUUGGACGGUGUGUAGAAUUAUGACCCACAAACAUGUAGAAAUUCCUAUAACAUCUUGGUUCUUUCGCGGACAGAUAUGUACAGCACAAUAAUAUUUAUUAAAUCUGAGAUUCUUAAGCAGUUACUGACUUGCAGCUGUAUUUAGCAAUGCAAAACAAAUACUACCGUAAUAUGGGGCACAGAAACCAAUAGAAUGUCCCCCCUUAUUCCCUAUUACAUAUUAUGUAUCACUGUAUUAUUUAAAAAAAAAAAAAAAGUUACCCGUCCUCAUUCUUUUGACAAAAUUAAACUUCAAAUAUGGAAAAAAAAAAGUUUAAAGGGUUACUCCAACCCUGGGUGAGGCUGUAUCUUUUCUGGACUGUUUUGCUGGCUCAGAGUGCAUGUGUGCCAUCUGAGCGGGUAGGGGAGGUUGGAGAAAGUAGGUGAGGGAGGGGCAAUGUAAUUAAGAAAGCGUACACAAUUAGAGGAGGGAGGCGAGAAGAAAGCCCACAUGGUGGGGGGGAGAAACUAUCUUCCGAGGCAGAGCGCCUGCAAGGAAAAAUGUUAUCAUGUCCACUGCCGGCAUGCUAUGUGUGCCGAGAGAUGUAAGAUAUAGUCUGGGCUGUCUAAGUCACAUGUGCUGGGAGUGCCACCAUCACCCUGCACACAAUUACAAAUAACACUGUAUUUGCAGUGUUUCAAGCAGAAACUCUGCACAUACUGACUUACUGAAGUAGUUGUGGUGGUUGGAGUAACGCUUUAGGAAUCACUGACAUAGUGACUGAUAAGUUUCCCUAAGGUAAUGAGCAGAAUAUAAAUUUGUCACCUUACGUUAAAAUGCUAAUUAAAUUGUAUUUUCUAGGAAAGGCUCCAGUAGAGCUUUGGGGGGUGUGAUAAAAUGUUUGCUCUUUUACACAGUGGUGUAUUUUGGUUCCGCGCUGUCCUAGGCAUGACUAAACCUGGGCACCCAAUCAAUCUAAAUUUGCCCCACCUCUUCCUGUCAAGGCCACACCUCUUCCUGAUUAAGAACACACCCCUUCCUCUUUAGACUGCACCUUUUCCUAGUCCUUUUUAAAGUGAUCCUAUAGUGCCAGGAAAACAAAGCUGUUUUCCUGGCACUAUAGUUACCUAUAGUGCCCCCCACCCCCUGCCACCAACAUGGCACUGAAGGGGUUAAAACCCUUUUAGUCACUUACUUGAAUCCAGCACUGGUUUACCUCGGCGCUGGGUCAGGCUCCUCCUCCGCGCUUGCAUUAGGCUUCCCAAUUGUAUCAAUUCUUUCCUAUGGGGAUUUAGCAGACGCAGGAUGUCUUCAUGCACAGCAUGAGGACAUCCAGCAUCAGUUAGGCGACUUUUGGUUGCCUAACCUCCCGGAAGCCCCUCUCUUCCCGCCUCCUACCGGAAGUACCUCUUGCAGACAACUUCUGAGAAACUGCAAUAAUUACACUUGCAGGGUUAAGGGGACUGGGACACUGCACCCAGACCACUUCAAUGAGCUGAAGUGGUCUGGGUGGCCAUAGUGUCCCUUUAAGCACACACUCAGACACAUUCACUGUCAGACACACACUGGCUGAUACAUACUGAAAGUCUCACACACACACUCAAUGACAAACACACAGAUGUCACUGACUUACAGACACACACACAGAGAUGUCACUGGCAGACACAAACUCAUUGAUUUGACACACACACAUUCACUGACACACACUCUUUAACAGACACACAAACACACUCUCACUGACAGACACUCAUUGGCACACACUGUCACACAAACACACUUAAUGACAGACAGACUCUCACUGAUUUGACAAACACUUACACACACACACACACACACAGACACACACACUCAUACACACACAUACAUUCAUACACACAAACACACACACACACUCACAAAUUAUUACAAUUAUUAUAAAUUAACAUUUUCCAUUCAGCCUCCCUACCUGGAGAGCUAGCAUGGAUCUGUCCCUGAGGUCCAUUGGGGCUGCUGGGAGGUGUGCAGAUGUGUUAUAAUCAGAGGAGGCGAGGGAGCUCUGACGUCAUAUUACGGCUCCCGCGGCAUCAGCAAACUGCGCGCAAGGGAGCAGAGCAGGGACAUCACAGCUUCCUCGCUGCCUCUGUUUCGACGCAGCCGCACACCUUCCCAGCAGCCCCACUGGACCCUAGAAUUUGCAUUUGGGGGCGGCAUUUUUUUUGCAAAUGCCUAGUUUGCCUUGGGCUAAAUACACCAGUGCUUUUACAUGCUUCUGUUUUUUUGUCAUUUUGUUGGAAAUCGGGAAUUAAAGAUAGGAGUCAGUUGCAUUUUUGUCUCGUAUUCAUUUUUUUGCGAACACCACUUGUUACUCUUGAUCCUUUAGCUCAAGCAUGUCAAACUUGCGGCCCACCUGCCCUGGGGCUGCUUUGUGCUGUGGCUGCAACCAGCCACAGGACAGGAAAGAUAUUUCCUGUCUGAUUCUUUCCUUUCCUCCCACGGCAGCAAGAGGGCAGAUUGGCUGUAUGUCUUCAGAGCAGGCCAGCCACUCCCCCUUCCCUCCUGUGCAGAGAGGAGCAGGGCUGGAACUGGAGGUCGGGCGGCUCAUCUUACAGUAGGGGAAGAGGGUCCUGGGGGACCUUCCUGUGUAGUGUGUUAAAUUAGGGAGGGGGGCAGUGUAUUGAUUUGAGGGAGGGAGGGGGCAGGGUAUUCAAUUUGGUCUUCAUUGAUCAAAAUUCAGUGCAUCGUUAACUUCCCUUUUUUUUUUCGGGUGUUGUCCCUUCUCCCCUACUGUCGUACCCAUCCUAAAAAAAUGCCAUCUCUUGACCAUGCAACUAUCCCCCCAUAUUCCUGCUCCCUUUUUCUUCAGAGCUUCUAGGAAGACUUGUCUUUACUCGUUUGGCUUGUUUCCUCCCUUCCAAGUCUCUCCUUGACCUUCUUCAAUCUGGUUUUCCGCCCCCACCACUCUGAGACUGCUCUAAUUAAAGUCACAAAUGUUCUAAUCAUCACUAAAUCUAAAGGCCAGUACUCUAUACUAAUUCUUCUUGACCUCUCUGCUGCCUUUGAACCUGUUGAUCAUGUCUUCCUUCCCAAACUCUUGUACCUCUCAUAGUACUCCUCCUAUCUCUCCCAAAGUUUGUUCCGUAUCUUUGUCCAAUGACACCUCCUCCCCUCGUCCUGUCGGUGAUCUUCUCCUGUCUGCUCCUCACACCCUCAUUGCUAACUCAGGCUUGCAGGACUUCUUGCGGGCAGCUCCUUUCCUUUGGCACAGCCCAUCCCACUGUCCCCUAGUCUUCAACCGUUUAAGAAAUUACUCAACACCCAGCUGUUUAGAAAUGCUUAUAGCCUCACAGAAUAACUUCAAAGUCACAACCUUGUCUCUGGCUCUCUCCUAAAGAGCCACACUUCACUCUCACUUCCAGAUCUGUUACUUUCCCACAUUGUUUGUUUAUUGUCCCCCUUCCAAUUCUAUCCUUAUACUCCACUCCUCUAGACUGUAGAGCAGGGUCCUCCACUACCUAUUGUUCCUGUAUCAUUUUGUAAUUGUAAUUUUUAUUGUUAAAUUUCCCCUACCAUAAGAAGUGUUGCAGAUUAAGUUGGCGCUGUGGGGAACAGCACCAAGUAGUGAUGUCACCAUUUGUGGUCAAUAUUUGCUAAAACCACACAAAGUGACAGUCACAUUCAAGGGGCACUGUAACUAUAUGUAAGGAAACCUAGUAUAUCCAAUACUCAUUCGGUAGUUUCCUUCCGAACGGCCAGAGCAUCAGUGACUAUAACUCUCCGUUCGGCAGAUAAAAUAAACUAUUCCCAUACGAAUGCAAUAGCUUUACCAGCCGAUUCCCUUAGUAAAGCAUACGAAUACCCAAACAUCAGCCGGAGUCUAGAAGAAGGGUGCAACAGAACUGGCUUUUAAUUAUCACACACUGGCUUUUAUGCAAGUCCCCAUGCAAGGGGACAUCCCACAGGGAGGGACAUGGUACAGCCAAUCAUAACAAGAGAAAUAGAUAUACACUCCCAUUGCAAACAUACAAUUCCCUCCCCUGGACCUGGAGAUAAUUAAGGCAGAUAACAUCAUAACUUCUUUAUCUCCAGGCAGAAAAAGUACAGUUUUCCCCAACUUUCAGAACACCCCUAAAAACAUGGGUUAUCCCCUUAAAAGUCAUAUCCCCUGAUAGCCCUGAUCUGGGUGACAAACAUAUCCAAAAAUCACCCAGAUCAGUCCAGGGGUUUUCAAAUUCCAUGGAGGGCUUAGGAGACCGACUUCCCAUGAAGCUGCUGCCCAAAACAGUUCCAUGAGUUUGGGUGGUUUUGUCGGUCUAUUUCGUUAAGUUGAAAUAAACUAAUAAUCCCACCAACAGUUUCCCCUGGCUCCUAGCAGCGAUUGUUCCCCUCAUACGAAUGCACAAAAAUACCGAACAGCUCUCUCCUAGCUGUUCGGGAAACAAAGAGUCAGCGUUUGUAUGUUGGGACCGGUGUUCGGGAAGUCGAGUGUCCGAUUUUAGUUCCAGACGCUCAAUGACCAAGUCCCGCUGCCUUUGUUCUCACAAACAAGAUGGUUUUCUCAGCCGCGUGGCGUUCGGCAAUACGAAUGGUGGCCGCAAAGGCAGAGGGUUUAAUUGAAGCAUGCUUUUGAAGUUAACGAGCCAGGGGGGAGGUCUCUGUUUGGUAGUUACAUCUACCGAAUGAAAAGGGGAGAAAUAACGAACACAAAGAGGGAUUUCUUCACACUAUAACUAUUUCAUCUCACUUAAUUUGUUAUAGUACCUGGACUCCCCUGGCACUGUUCCUUCAUUCAGUGGUAAACCAUUUUUGAGCAGUUUUAUAGUAAAUACUGGUCCCUGGCCACUCAUAGCUCUGUCUGUAGUAUGGCUAAGGCAGACAUUACACACUUUCUUUUAGCCAUAGCAAUUCAUACCAGCAAUGGGCGUUGUGAUUGUCUGAAAGUGGUCAUCUGACAGUCUCAGCCAAUCACAGCCACCGAAUUUUGCUCAAGCUUAUACUAGGUAUGCCUAGUUUUUUUUUUUUAGUAGCCACAAACACUGACCAAAAUUGGCGUUCAAAUUCGUUUUUUGCAUUUUUCACACUCAAACAAAUAUUAACGCUAACAUUGGCCAGUGUUUGUGACUAAGUGGCUACUAAAAAAGACUGGACAUACCCAAUUUACAAUACCUUGGGUUGUCUACUAUUGCAACUGGUAUGCCAUCAUGGGGGUAAUUCUCAUUCCUGGGCUACCAUACGGUUUCAAAGGCACCGUAUCCAAUCUGGCAAAUUUCAAUGUAAAAAAAAAACCUAAAAAAUUUAACAUGCUAUAUUUGACCCUGUUACUUCCCAAAACACCAUAAAACCUGUACAUAGGGGGUACUGUUUUACAUGUGAGACAUUUCUGAAUACAAAUAUGUGUAUUUUAUUGCAGUAAAAGCUAACAGUAUUAUGACAUUCACAGUUAAAAUGUCAUGUAGAACUAUAAAAAAAAAAUUCUUAAUUUCUCACGUUUUUUAAAAUAUUUUAUUCAUAUUAAAAUUGUUUCAUAGCUAAAUAUUUGAUGUGAAAUGUAAGCCCUGUUUCUCCUGAAUAAAAUGAUAUAUAAUAAGUGUGGGUGCACCUAAUAUGAAAGAGAUGAAUUACGGUUGAACAGACAUAAAGCCAAAUUCCAAGUUUUGUUUACGUUUUAUUUUGAUCAAAACGUGUACAUUUGGCUCAGUCCUUAAGGGCCUGGAGUUCCAGCUGUCAAGAGGGGCCAGGCGAGGAGUGGGUUCCCCUUUUGCAAAACUGUUAUUUAGUAUAAUGCCAAUUUGGCAGUAUAAUAAAUAAACAUUCAAUUACUGCAGGUGCCCCAACAGCUGUACCUAUGCAGACGGUGGUGGGGUGCUGAUAAAAUAUCCUCUUUUUUUUUUUUUCUCCUGCUCCAUGACUGCUCUACGGAGGCACAUCCUGCUUCCAUGCUCCAGCUAGUCAGAACUUAUUGCUUUGUCCUCACCUCUAACUGUGAGGAGACAAGGAGUUGUCAGCACUUGGGUACAAGCCAGAAAGGCUCAACCUGCUUGAAGGGCCUCUUCCAGUCCCCAGGAAGCCAGAGGGCAGCAGAGACUCAGAGAGAGCUCAUAACUAGCCCAGCAAAAACCACAGGCCCUCAAAAUGCCCUGCUGCAGCCCGCAUCUGACCUCCAGUGGUAGAUCAGACCAGGAUGAUUUGAAACUGAAUUCUGGCACUUUAUGUAUCAGAAAUACUGUAAAACUUGUAUAAAUAAUAAGGACCUGAGCUCUCAUUAUACACACAUUAAGCUGUCUCUGUCUCUUUCUGACUCUCCUUCUCUCUGUGUCUUUCUCCUUCACUGUGUGUGUCUCUUUUUAUCUUUCCUUUCUGCCUGUCUCUUUGUCUCUCUCAUUGCCUUUCUCUUCAGGCUCUCCCUAUCCCUUUCUGUCUCUGCCUUCCUGGCUGUCUCUGUCUCUCUGUCCCUCCCUAGAUUUCUCUCUUUCACAGUCUCGAUGUCUCUUUCUCUCUGGCUUCCCUUCUUUAUAUGUGUCCUUCCCUCUGUCCUCUCUGGUUCCCCUUUUUCUCUGUGUGUAUCUUUCAACCUCUCUGGCUCUCCUCCUCUUGCUGUCUUGUGCAUUUCUUCUUUGUAUCUGUGGCUCUCUCUCAUACAACCUCACACACAAUCUCACUUUUGCAACCCUCAAACACACGCUGACAGCCCCACACAUAUGUAAUACUCAGACAACCACCACAAUCACACUCACACAGUCAGACAUCCACUACACAAAUUCAUACAAUCACACACAUCCCACUCAGAUUUAUUAUUUAGGGGGAGGGAGAAGCUAGCAACACCCCAAUCAUACUAAGCCAACCACCACACACAAUCACACAGGCACUACAUACCACACACAAUCACAUACAUGCACCACCACAUGUUGCUUAGUGGGGGAGUGAGGAGGGGCAACAAGGGGCAUACUUUGAUUCUUGCACCGGCCCAGCUAUCCCUAAUUAUGCCCAUGGAUGAACCCGAUGGACUUGAGUCUUUUUUCAACCAAAAUUAGAUUUUUAAAGUAAACUUUAGAUGGUGCUUUUCUCUGGACGCAUACCUGUUACUAAACAUAUACAAUUACACUGAAUUACACUGUACAGUCAUAGAAAUAAGCCUGCUUUCAUCCACUGUUGACUUGCAUUCAUACUACACACGGAAAAAAAACCUUUCAGUGUGUUUUUUCUUUUUUGGUUUGUAAGGUCAUUGGGGACACCAGAGAAUUCCUUGCCUAGCUGAAUCAGAUAUAAAUCAAUCCCAAUAUCUGCAUAAGUAUUAAAUGGGUCACAUGACCUUAUAUUACAUUUUUUGGUCUAUUUAUAUCGAUCUAUCUACUAUACUUUAUACAGCAAUGCUGAGAGAUGGAUAUAAAUACAUUACUCUGCCGCAACAGUGAUGCAAUUCAUAUGAUUGUUUUUAUCCCACCUUCACAUCUUAAUCUAUUUACUUCUGAAAUAUUUGGAAGUGAAUGCAGGGCCCCAUGAUAAUGCACACUGUUAGCUAAAACAGAGCUUUUGAACAUCUUUUAUUUUUUAUUUUUAAAGCAUUCUUUAUUGAUUAGGAUUUUAGGUUUGCAUUACAAAAUUAUAAAUGCAAAAACUUUUGUUUUUGCACCCAUUUUUCUAUGUACACAAAAUGCCUAUUUCUCUCAAAUAUUGUUCACAAAUCUGUCUAAAUCUGUGUUAGUGAGCACUUCUCCUUUGCCGAGAUAAUCCAUCCACCUCACAGCUGUGGCAAAUCAAGAUGCUGAUUAGACAGCAUGAUUAUUGCACAGGUGUGCCUUAGGCUGUCCACGAUAAGAGGCCACUCUAAAAUGUGCAGUUAUACUGCAUUGGGUGCCUGAAAACAUCCCUCACCCAAGCCGACAUGUAUGUUAAGGAAAGGGUGGUGUUACAGGUUACUAUAUGGGUAUAAAUGCUAGAUUAUUGGCUCCAAUGGACUGGAGAAGCUAGAUAUUGUUGUUUAAAGGUUUUCUGUGUUUUAAUACCUGCAUCUACAUUGGUAGGUGAUGAUUUAAAAAAACAAUGUAUUUGAAUAUAUCUGAAAAAAAGGUUUUAAAUGAAGUCUUUCGUGGUAGUUAUAGAAGAGAAAUGAAUUGGCUCUGUUGGGAAAAUGUUAAGAAAUCUGUAUAGGUCAUUGUCUUCAAAUCUAGCAAGUUUGUGUGGUUCCUAGUCUGCUUCUGAGUGUAGGUGUGAGAGAAGAUGGAGUAUUAACUAAAGCUAAAUUACAUGGCAUUUUGUCUCAGGUAUUGAUUGGUGUGUAUAAGGUAGGGGUUGUGGCUGUGAUUAUGGUUCUGGCUUGUGUAGGGAGCCAGAUAUAUAGGGAGGGAAUUUACAAAAAACAAUAGUGAUCUGAAAUUAAAUAUUGCUAUACUAAUCUAUUUUCGAUUGAUGUUUUGUAGUAUUCACAGGGCCCUUUACUUGAUGGCCUUUAUUGGACCAAAUGGUACAACAACGCAUCUCUAGUUAAUACUCCUAACUCCUUUAUCUACUAUGAGAAUCUGUUACUUGGGGUUCCACGUAUACGUCAGCUGAAGGUUAAGAACAAUUCUUGUGUUGUAUACAAGGAUUUCAGAGAAGACAUCUCUGGAUGCUUUGACGUGUACUCCGAGGAGAAAGAGGACCACAUGCCCUUUGGACUUUAUAAUGGGACACCGUAAGUACUGCAUUUUUCUAUUAAGGAAAAAAAUACUUAAACCAUGUCAGUCAUCGAGUUAAGACUGGUAUAUUCAGCAAUGAAUUGCACUGCAAAAAAACAUGAGUGUAAAAAUAAUGUAGAGAAAUGAAAAAUUAAAGAAAUUUUCUCCUGGAUAAACAAUUUUUCCUCUUAUUUUAAAGCAAAUGCUUCAUCUUGAAUAUGGUGGAACAUAUUUAACAAAUAUUCAUGCAAGGAUGUGAGGUGGAUUAUAUAAAUAUUUUCCACAUUCCUAUUGAGAGCUUAUGGUGAAAAGAUUGGAUUGGGAAUGGUAUUAUUGAAAUAAUUAUGCACAAAUAUGUGAUCUGAGAAGUUGGGGGAUGCUGGAGACAGGGGCAAUAAGAGUUCUUUUCAUAUGUAGGAUCUAAAUGUGAACAUAAAGCGCUCUACUGGUUGUAGGUGCUGCCAACAAUAAUGUAUAAAGCACUACUAUAAUGAAAGUUUCUUAAACACCAUCCAACACUCCACCAUCCAACACUCCACCAUCCACUGGAGAACAGAAUAGAAACAUAGAAACAUAGAAUGUGACGGCAGAUAAGAACCAUUCGGCCCAUCUAGUCUGCCCAAUUUUCUAAAUACUUUCAUUAGUCCCUAGUCUUAUCUUAUAGUUAGGAUAGCCUUAUGUCUAUCCCACGCAUGCUUAAACUCAUUUACUGUGUUAACCUCUACCACUUCAGCUGGAAGGCUAUUCCAUGCAUCCACUACCCUCUCAGUAAAGUAAUACUUCCUGAUAUUAUUUUUAAUUUUGUCCCUCUAAUUUAAGACUAUGUCCUCUUGUUGUGGUAGUUUUUCUUCUUUUAAAUAUAGUCUCCUCCUUUACUGUGUUGAUUCCCUUUAUAUAUUUAAAUGUUUCUAUCAUAUCCCCCCUGUCUCGUCUUUCCUCCAAGCUAUACAUGUUAAGAUCCUUAACCUUUCCUGGUAAGUUUUAUCCCGCAAUCCAUGAACCAGUUUAGUAGCCCUUCUCUGAACCCUCUCUAAGGUAUCAAUAUCCUUCUGAAGAUACGGUCUCCAGUACUGUGUACAAUACUCCAAGUGAGGUCUCACCAGUGUUCUGUACAAUGGAAUGAGCACUUCCCUCUUUCUACUGCUAAUACCUCUCCCUAUACAACCAAGCAUUCUGCUAGCAUUUCCUGCUGCUCUAUUACAUUGUCUGCCUACCUUUAAGUCAUCAGAAAUAAUCACCCCAAAUCCCUUUCCUCAGAUGUUGAGGUUAGGACUCUAUCAAAUAUUCUGUACUCUGCCCUUUGGUUUUUACGUCCAAGAUGCAUUAUCUUGCACUUAUCCACAUUAAAUGUCAGUUGCCACAAUUCUGACCAUUUUUCUAGUUUACCUAAAUCAUUUGUCAUUUGGCUUAUCCUCCUGGAACAUCAACCCUGUUACAUAUCUUAGUAUCAUCAGCAAAAAGACAUACCUUACCAUCAAGACCUUCUGCAAUAUCACUAAUAAAAUAUUAAAGAGAAUGGGUCCAAGUACAGAUCCCUGAGGUACCCCACUGGUGACAAGCCCAUGCUUCGAAUAUACUCCAUUGACUACAACCCUCUGUUGCCUGUCACUCAGCCACUGCCUUACCCAUUCAUCAAUAUUGGAAUCCAAACUUAAAGAUUGCAGUUUAUUGAUAAGCCUUCUAUGUGCAACAGUGUCAAAAGCCUUACUGAAAUCUAGGUAAGCAAUGUCUACUGCACCACCCUGAUCUAUAAUUUUAGUUACCCAAUCAAAAAAAUCAAUAAGAUUAGUUUGGCAUGAUCUCCCUGAAGUAAACCCAUGUUGUCUCUGAUCUUGAAAUCCAUGUGGUUUUAGAUGUUCAUCAAUCGUAUCCUUUAGCAUGGUUUCCAUCACUUUCCCCACUACUGAAGUAAGGCUUACUGGCCUAUAGUUGCCCGACUCCUCCCUAUUACCUUUCUUGUAAAUGGGCACAACAUUCGCUAACUUCCAAUCUUCUGGGACUACUCCUGUUAACAAUGAUUGGUUAAAUAAAUCUGUUAAUGGUUUUGCUAGUACACCACCAAGCUCUUUUAAUAGCUUUGGGUGUAUUCCAUCAGGUCCCAUUGACUUAUUUGUCUUUACUUUUGACAGUUGAAAUAGAACCUCUUCCUCUGUAAACUCACGUGUAAUAAAUGACUCCUUUAUCCUUUUUCUCAACUGAGGUCCCUUUCCUUCAUUUUCUUCUGUAAAUACAGAACAAAAUAUUCAUUGAGGCAGUCAGCCUGACCUUUAUCCUCUUCUACAUACCUUCCUUCUUUUGUUUUUAAUCUAACUAAUCCUUGUUUUACUUUUCUUUUCUCAUUUAUGUAUCUAAAAAAUGUUGUAUCCCCCUUUUUUACUGACUGUGCUAUUUUCUCUUCUGUGUGUGAUUUGGAAGCUCUUAUAACUUGCUUAGCCUCUUUCUGCCUAAUCUUAUAGAUCAUUUUGUCUUCCUCACUCUGGUUUUUUUUAUAAUUCCUAAAUGCUAACUUUUUGUUUUUAACUAUUUUGGCCACAUCUGCAGAGUACCACAGUGGUUUCUUGAAUUUUUUUGCUUUUACUGACAAGCCUAAUGCAAUUUUCUGUUGCCUUCAAUAGUGCAACUUUUAAAUAAUCCCAUUUCUCUUGGACUCCAUUUAAAUUGCUCCAGUCUGAUAAUGACUCCUUUACACAUAUUCUAAUUUUAGAAAAGUCUGUUUUUUUAAAGUCUAAAACUUUUGUUUUUGUGUGGUGUGACUCAGUCACUGUUCUUAUAUUAAACCACACUGACUGAUGAUCACUGGAUCCUAAACUUUCACCUACAGUAAUAUCUGAUGCCAAAUCUCCAUUUGUUAACACUAAAUCUAGUAUGGCCUCUUUACGAGUUGGCUCCUCAACAACUUGUUUUAGAGACAAUCCCAGUAGGGAGUUUAGAAUAUGUGUGCUCCUGGCACAAGUAGCUAAUUUUGUUUUCCAAUUUACAUCAGGAAGAUUAAAGUCACCCAUGAUGAUAACUUCCCCCUUCAUUGUCAUUUUAGCUAUUUCCUCAACUAGUAGAUUAUCUAACUCUUCAAUUUGUCCUGGGGGCCUAUAAAUCACACCUACACGAGUUACUGUGUGAUUACCAAAUUCUAACGUAGCCCAAACAGACUCUAUGUUUGCCUCACUAACUUUUAUUAGGCUAGAUUUUAUGCUAUCCUUCACAUACAAGGCCACCCCUCCCCCUUUCUUGGGGAUGACACUUUUUCAGUUUAUGAAUGUGUGUCCGUUACACCCAAUAUACUUACAAACCAAAGCAAAACAUCAUAUGCUCAUUAUUACUGAAAUAACUUGCUAGACUUAAAUAAAAGAGCAGGAAGUGGAGUGAAACAAAACAUCUCAAUAAAUAUAUUCCACCAGUGAACUUAUAAAUGGACAGGUACCCAACAUUUCUUAAUGAUUCACCUGGUUAUACCAAUCCAAAGAAAUUUAAAAAGAAUUUGCCAAAUCAAUUGGCAACAAUUUAAUAAAUGGGUAAAUGAGGAUACACAGUGUUGUGUUGAUCUGAUUAUUAACCUCAGGAUGAUAUAUCUUCUCUCCAGGUGGACUUAUUACACAGAGGACGAACUUGGAGGAUCAUCUCACUGGGGAAAAUUGGCAACUUACAGUGGGGGAGGAUAUUAUCUAGAUCUUGAGCUAACCAAACAAGACAGUUACAGGGACUUGCAAAUAUUGAAAAAUAACCUCUGGUUAGAUCGAGGGACCCGUGCUGUGUUUGUUGACUUUUCAGUAUACAAUGCUAACAUCAACCUUUUCUGUGUUUUAAGGUAAGCAAGUGAUUUCUAUAUUGAUUUAUACAGAAUGAUGGAGAACUUAUUUAAUUCUCAAAAUACACAUUGUGUCAUAUUUUGGGGCUUAUAUAAAAUAAAUCUAAACUCACUGAUUUUGUGAAUAAGAAAAAUUCUUACCUUGGCCUCAAUUUUAAUAACUUUUACAAAUGAUUCAAUACUGUUAAAAAAAAUUAAAAAUAUUUCCAAAUAAUUUCUCUACAAAAUUCCCCAUAGACUUUAAUGGUGAUUUCUGUACAUAAAUAAAUUGGAAAUUUUAUCCUAUCAGUAUCGAAUCAUGCGUAAAGUUUAUUCAAUCAAGGCCCUUAUCUGGUGCUUACAACGUAUAAAAGUUAGUGUAUUUCCAUGUCAUGUUAUUUUUAUUUUUACAAGUGGUGGUUGCAAAAAAAAAAACACACACAAAAAAAACUUUACUGUGCAGUACAAUAACAAUAUAAGAGAUGUAUAUCACGUAGCUGUUAGCUAUAUUCCUACAUUUUGUCAGACGAUGAAGUAAGUAUAUCGGCCACUUUUGGGGGGGUAAUAUAAGUAGAUGAGAGCAGAUUAAACGUGCUUAAAAAAAUAAAAGAAAAUACAAGAUAUGUCUACAGCGUGUUUCAUGUCAGAGAAACAACUGGGCAGUACAAUUACAUGUUUAUAAUGUGGACAUUCUACAAAUACAUACGAAUGAUGUACACAAACCCUCGGCAGUUUGACCUCGAUAGCACUGAGCCCAUAUUGGCAUACUAUACAUAAACCAAGCAUGUAGAACCCAUACCAUAUUAAUUAUAGCUGUAAAUGAUACACAUUAAAAUAUAUCUUUGUAUACAAUAUGUUUCUAAAACUGUAUGGAAAAACAUUAACAUAUAAAUAAACAAAAUCCAUCCUUUCUGAGAUUCUUCUAAUUUGAUAUAAAUCAGUUUUCUGCAGUGAGCACCACUGAGACCAGGAAGUUAUCUAAACUUUCUAUGUCAGUUCUGUGCCUAUCUCAUAGAUCUUAACACAUCAGGUGUUUCCAUUAUAAAACUAACAGCUAAACUACAACUCCCAGAAACCUUAGCUUUGCAUUAAAUGUAGUUGUAUUACUGGAGGAAAAAAAAUGUAAACACAGCAGAGAUAAUUGGCAUUUGGACCAUAAUUAGCAUAAAUAACUGAAACUUAACCAAACAGUGCACCUAAUGUGUGGGUGCCCGGGAUCUUCCUUUAAUUUGCAUGGCUUUUUCAUAACCACCCCCACGUAAGCGUUAACAUAUACUUAUUUUCAUAACAAGUUAUUUAGCGAGGAAGGGUACAUUUGACUUUAUAGUACAUGCAUACAUCUUAGAUUGUAUUUGCAUUUUCUGUUUAUUAGGCUCGUUCAUUGUCCUUUCUGUUUAUUAGGCUCGUUGUAGAAUUUCCAGCAACUGGUGGCGCAAUACCAUCAUGGCAAAUUCGCACUGUCAAACUUAUUCGAUAUGUGAGCGGGUGGGACUAUUUCAUCAUUGCCUGUGAAAUUAUCUUUUGUGUAUUCAUCUUUUACUAUGUUGUGGAAGAGAUGCUGGAACUGAGAAUUCAUAAAUUCAAAUACUUUACAAGUAUUUGGAAUAUACUGGAUGUAGUCGUUAUACUGGUAAGGAUUCAUUCUCUAAAUUAAAUAUUAGAUACAUCAAAGAUCUAAUGUCCCAUAAGUCCUCGGCUCAGGUAUAAGUUCACCUUUCCUGUACCAUCAAGUACAAGUAAAUGUGUAUCAAAUGUGUAAAUCAAGUAAAUGUGUUAAAGUGUCCCCAGUAGAUAGGCUCAAACUUGGAAAGAAAAGCACUUUAAUGUAAAUAAAUUAAGGGAUUCCGAUAAAAACCAAAGAUUUGUAGGUUUUGUUUUGACACAUGUAGAUCAGGAAUAUGUUGUUCUUGUACAAAGUGUGCCACCACUUUUUGAAAGUUUAAUUUCAUAAAAAUUUUCAAGCUGUUGAUAUCACUUGCACAAUUUUGGCCAAUGCAUAGCUUUUCUUGUAUAAAUUUACCAACGCCAAAAACAGCAUAAAUCUACAGGUAUAAAAUAGAAGACGCAUAUAGAGUAGUGCAGUUCAAAUAGAAAAAUAGUCAAUUUAAUUGCUACACUGACAAGACAAAACAUAUAGAUAGCCCUUCAAAGGUAAACAAUUCUACAUUUGAAGGGCCAUCUAUACGUUUUUUGUCCUGUGAGUCCUAAAUAGACUUUAUUUUGCCAUUUGAACUGUACUACUCAAUAUGUGUAUCAUAUUUUCUACCUGUAGAUGUACGUGGUGGUGUUAUUUGUAUUAAGAACAUAGAGUAGUUCUGAAUCUUUAUACAGCAUUACAGUGUUCAAAGGGUAAUUCCUUUUACAUCUUUUAUGUAUUCUUUACACUGUUAAUUAGGGGUGUAUAUGUUUAGUUUUGAUAAUUCACCAAUGUUCAGAAUGAACUCCGGUCUUUUAUUUUCACCAUUUUUAUGAAACCUUUCAGGACGUAUUCACUUCUAGGUAAAGUACGCAGUAAGAUGUGUGUAUGGUGAUUCAGGGAAAUUCCAUCAGUACUGAUGUUUUUACAAGGAAUAGGGAUUUGAGAAGGUGUCUGUUCAAGCUUUUAUUUAAAGUACAGUUGGUCAUGUCUGAGGGAAUAUAAAACUGGAAGUGCAUAGAUUACUGUUCUAGGGAUAUAACGUAAUACUUAUGACAAUCUGAAUUUACGCAAGUAAUGCUGGACAUACCCUAGUUUAAUGAGAUACUGUAGACAUUAUUACUAUAUCAUGUCAUUGGAAGUGGUUAUAAUGCUUAGAGUCACUGUCCCUGCAUUCAGUGGUAAACCACUUUCAAAAGGUUUAACUUUAAAUGGUUACCCACAGCCCAGCCCCCACUGGAGGUAUGGCUAUGGCAGAGAUCUUCUUUAACUAUAUUAAUUCGUACUUUCUGAUUAGCCCAAUCAGCACAGAGGGGCAGACUGCCAGGGACUCUUUAGUUUAAAAGGAACAUUAGAGUCACCCGCAUCACUUCAUCUCAAUGAAGAAGUCUGGGUGCAGUGCCCAUGUUCUUUUAACUCUGCAGUAUAAAACAUUGCUGUUUUUGAGAAGAAAAAACGUGGUCACGUGAAGCUGAAGCCCGAUAGAAAAGCAUUGAUUCAAUGCCUUUGUAUUGGAAAGUUUGAAUGUGCAGGGGACUCCAUUCCCUGUAACCUCUUCGAUAAGAUGAAACUGUUGCAGUAUCUAGUGUCCCUUUAAUAAUGACAACAGUGUCUCUUUUAUAAUGACAAAAGUCAGAAAUAGACUUUUAGAAUAUCUGUUCUUUUGAUGUACAAUAUGUUUCUUUAAUAACUUUCAUGAUUAUAAGUAAUUAAUACAAUUAUCUUUAGCUUUCUUUGGUAGCUAUUGCAUUCCACAUUUUCCGAACCCUGGAGGUGAACAGACUCAUGGGAACACUAUUAGAGGAGCCUUCGACAUACGCAGACUUUGAAUUUCUGGCUUUUUGGCAAACACAAUACAACAACAUGAAUGCUGUGAAUCUUUUCUUCGCAUGGAUUAAAGUAUGUGUGAAUUGUAAACCAAUCUAUUAUCAACUGAUAACUGAAAUACAUCCUGAGUUGUUUGAUUUGAUACCAUCAGGAUAGCCAUGUGAUUUUAGGUAUAAUAGGUGUCCAACUCAAUGCCACUUAAUCAAGCAGAAAAUAUAUGGGAGUUGUUUAUACACGGACAGAGAAAUCUAAAGAAUGUUCAGUGAUGUAUUUACUAAUAAAUAUAUAUUAAACCAAAAGCUAUUUUUGCGUGAGAGACAUUUAGACCAUUUGUUAAUGUUAAGAUCAAUUGUAUCUCAAUAUUUUAGAAAUGUAAAUGGACGUACAGAUAUCUUUUAUACAAUCUGUAAAAUGAAUAAGAGAUUCACUACAGAAAGCCAUGACUACACCUGUUUGUUGUUUUUCUUUUAGAUCUUUAAAUACAUUAGCUUCAACAAGACAAUGACCCAGCUCUCGUCUACACUUGCCCGAUGUGCAAAGGAUAUUUUGGGUUUUGCAAUCAUGUUCUUCAUAGUUUUUUUUGCAUACGCACAACUAGGAUAUCUUCUGUUUGGGACCCAAGUGGAAAACUUUAGCACCUUUGUCAAGUGCAUGUAUGUAGACAAUUUAUAUUUUGUAAACUGCAUGGCUACACUAUCCUAUGUACGAGCUAUUCUGUUGUAUGUAGUACAACCUUAUUGGGAAGACAAAUGAACAUCUCCCUCCCAUUAAGAAAUAUUGUGAGUAGUGACAUUGUGGAAUAAUGGGCAUUGAACAAUGUGCUUAAAUGAUCUGACCCUGAAUUACGUGGUACUCGUGCCUUGCACCCCUGCAAUCCCAUCUAUACCUGGUGAACUAGUAUGGAUAGUAAAUCUGUGAUGUCAGACCUAUAGCUUAUGAAUAUAAUAUAGCAGGAAUGUGGAACUGCACUCAAACCCAUUUGAAAUGUAUCCGGGUGCAACAGACCAGUCCCAGUACCAGGAACAAAAUAUUUGAUGAGGAAAAAUAGAAGAGAAGUCCAGGCACACUCAGCAUACAAAAAGGCAAAUUUGUUGAACCCACUGCAACGUUUCGACCUACACAGUCGUUGUCUAGCAGCUUGACAAAGACCGUGUAGGUCGAAACGUUUCAGUGGGUUCAACAAAUUUGCCUUUUUGUAUCCUGAGAAUGCCUGGACUUCUCUUCUAUAUUUCCUCAGACAUAUAACUUCUAUGAUCUAUGACGUGCAAGUGACAUUUUACUGUCUGGGGGGGGGAUCUGCAUAUCAUGGCAUACCCUGGUGGACUCUAAUACAGCUCAUCAAGUAGUAGGGAGGAGUGAAAAUUAUAUUUUUCCCCUUCAAUUAGUAUUCUGCAUAUUUGGGGGGGGGUGAGAAAGGGUUGCUUUCUCAUUUCUACGAAUUCUAAUAAAAUGUUUAUUGAACAUCAAUGAAUCCAUAAACACAAUGAUACCCCAUUAACCCCUUAAGGACACGUGAUGGAAAUAUUCCGUCAUGAUUCACUUAUAUUCCAGAAGGUGUGUCCUUAAGGGGUUAAAACAGAGAAUAGUAGUAAACCACACAAAGCAGGAGUGAAGGUAUGAGUGUACUUAACUUCUAUAACUUGCCACCUGAUACACAAGCUCAACUUUGAAAUGACUUCAACUCUGAUCCAUUAAACCUAGUACAUCUACGGUUUACUGUAAAUUUUCAUAUAAAGGCUCCUUCAGUAAUGGAAGAUAGCAGAGACCCCUCUGCCCUAAAGUGUGCAUGCAAUAUUUGUGAUUGGUAUGUAUUAAAAAUAAAGCUUACCCUUAUAUCUUUUUGUUUUCUAGAUUUACCCAGUUCCGAAUUAUCCUGGGUGACUUUGAUUACGAUGCCAUUGAUAAUGCCAACAGAAUAUUGGGACCGAUUUAUUUUGUUACUUAUGUUUUCUUUGUGUUCUUUGUGUUGUUGGUAAGUACAAGCAACUAUUUUUUAAUAAUGGCCGUCCGUCAGUGACUGCAUGUUUAAAACCUUUUUAUUCAUUUUUACAGAAUGUUUGUUGUUUCAGCACCCUAGUAUUCAAAGUCAAAACUUUGCUGUUGAUUCAUCAUUUAUUUGAUAUUGUACAAUAACAUUAUGCCUUUUUCUGCUUAGAAUAUGUUUUUGGCCAUCAUCAAUGAUACAUACUCUGAAGUGAAGGAAGAGCUUUCAAACCAAAAGAAUGAGCUGCAAUUUUCUGACAUUUUAAAACAGGUACGUGUGAUUUAAGGAUUUAACCAAGCUAGCAUCUUACAAUGCAUGUGUCAACAUUGCACAAAACUAAAUUCCAAAUUCUAAAAAUCCACCAUGUCAUAUCUACAUUACACUAAUUCAAAAUCUAACAAAGAGCAUCUUUGCAUGAGGUCUUUUAAUUCAACAUUGUGUGCCUAAUCACCGUAAUAGUAAUAGAUAUCGAGCCUUAUCCCUACUUUCCUUUCCUGAACGGCAAACCUCAAGCUCCCCUUUUAUAGGCUGGAAUCAUCAGAUAGAAUUGUGCAGCAGUAAAAAAAAAAAAAAUAUGUAUCUUGGACGUGGAAUAUAUCUACAGAAACUUGAGUCUAUCCCAUCGUAUCCACUUACUGAGGCCUUCAUUUAAUAUUUAUGGAUUGACUUUUCAAAUGAUUUAAAUUACAGAUGGAAUUACCAGGGGUUAAUAUUAAAUGAUCUCAGGAAGAUUGCUCCCACCUCUCUCCAAAAGGGAAUUACAACUGGCCAAUCCACAUACCAUAGUAAGUUCCCUUCUGGCCACACCUUCACCAGCAACCAUAAGAGCCUACCCGGCCCAUAUGAUAUAAUUCCGCAGGAGUUGUGUGUCAACAAAAUAGGGUUUUGUACGUUUGCUCUUGGGAUACUACACAAACUUACACCCCUUUAGACGCCUCUAGCAUAUCCUCCCAGGAGUCCCCCUUCAAUGCCUCUGUUUUCAUUGGGAUGUGUAUCGUAAAGAACCUCAGGUUGUGGAGCUGGAACAGACAUGGUUUUAUAUCAGUGAGAUAAGACACUUCUGGUAAGAUAGCUGAGUUUCAGCAGCUUUUUUUUUUUUAACUAUCUUUUUGUGCCUAGUCCCUUAUUUGGAUAUACUGAAAGUGGUCUUUACUGUUUAAUGGGAACGUGUUUUGUAAAUCCUUAAAGGAGACCACUGAUUAUUCGCUCCAGCGAUGUAUGUAUCGAAUACCAGUCUCCUCUAUGUUUUUAAAAGCUCUUGGGCAUAUGCCAGAGGGAAAGUCCCUAAUCCAGAUGACAGGGAAUACGAUGGUAGCCAAGUGGAAUUUCUUCCUGAUCCAGUCCCAUAUAGUGAGGGAUGCUAGAAUAGCCGGACAAGUAGUUCAUAGUAAUGUCCUCUGGGGCUUUUCUAACUACAUGUAAAAAAGGGUAGAUCAGAACCCAUACUAUUGGACUCCAUAUCCACCCACCUGUCCUCUAAUGGCACUGAAAUUAAAAGAUCUAUGCUUCUAUACGUGCUCAGAUGUCCACCAAAUGGUCUGCUGUGUGACUAUAUAGGGUUUAAUAAAAUUCCCUGAAAGCCUUAUUGCUUGGGAAUCUGUAAUUGGUGUUAUUGGUUUGGGGUGAUUUCUAGGGAAUAGAACUCUAUAUUUGUUUUAAGAAAUCAACUUCAAACUAUGGAAUGCUCUUGCUCAAUUUAUACCUACAAGAGGUCUACCAUAUUAUUGACAAUGUAUUGUUCUUAAUAUAUAAAUGUGAUAAAACUAAAUGUUAAAAAAAAAAUUCUAGUGUAUAAAGAUAUAACUGUUAUACAGUAUUGACAUUUUUAAAUUCUACUUCUGUGUGGUCUGGUUUAUAUAUAAGUGACAGCUACAUCGUGUGUAAGUUCCUUGAUACAUACAACUCAACUUUAGAAUCCCAUGCAAGCUGCAGUGUGCUCUGCACAAUUUUCUGCAAAACAUAUUAUUAGUUUUGGGCAAAGGAUUAUAAAGAUAUCAUGCAAAGGAAAACUGUAGCAUUAGAAACUGCAAUAAUUACUAUCCAGGGUUAACGCCACCUCUAUCAGACAGCCACUAGAAGGACUUCCGGGUCGUUAAGCGACUUUUGGUCAACUAAUUGAUGCUGGAUGUCUUCCCGCUAUGCAUGAAGACAUCCAGCAUCACCCAAAACCCCAUAGGAAAGCAUUAUGUCAGGGAAGGAGGAGCCAAGGCGGAGCCUGAACCAGCGCCGAGGGACAUUGGCGCUGGAGUCAGUUAAGUGACAGAAGGGUUCUGCGCUGCGGAUAUGAUAGGGGGGCACUAUAGUGCUAGGUAUACAAUUUUUAAUUUUAAAAUUCACUUUAAAUUUUCACUGCAAAAUUUAUAGUCAAACUGACUAGGAUUACUUGUAUUUGUAUCAUUGAUGUCUUUACAUUUCUUCAAGCAGUAACUUAAAGGAACAUACAAGGCACCAAAACAGCUUCAUCUAAAUUAAGUUGCUAUGGUGCCAGGAGGCCCCCAUGCACACUCCAACCUUCAGAGGUGAACAGUUUAUCGGUUUAGCAGGAAAGUUGCCUCCUCCCCUGGUGGCAUCCGGCUUUUGUAAUUUCACUUACAGAAAGCACGGACUACUGCUGGGCAGGGGUGCCGCUGAUUGGCUGAGUGCUGGCUUGGACAGAAACAUACCCUUGUCCAAGCCAGUUUUGGAGGGAAAUCCAGGGUUAAACAGUAUGAAAAUGGUCUAACCCCUGAAGGUAAGAAUUCUCCAGGGGGACUCAUAGCACCAUAAGGAACCAUGACAACUUCAUUUAGAUUAAGUUGUUAUGAUGCCCAUACUUUCCCUUUAAUCUCUAAAGGGACACUAUAGGCACCAAAAAAUGUUUUGGUGUGUAGAACAUACCCUUACAGUUUCACUGCUCAAUUCUGUCAUUAAGCAGUUAAAUCACUUUGUUUAUGCAGUCCUAGUCACACCUUCCUGCAUGCAACUUGCGCAGCCAUCCUAAACACUUGCUGUAGAAAUAAAUCUAAUGUUUAAACUAAAUGUCUGUGCACAUUUCUGUUUAAUUUAGAAUCUGUAUCUCCUGCUGUGCUGAUAGCUUGAUAAACCCUGCAGGAGCUUGUGUGUGUGAUUAAAACUUAAUUCACAGAACAGGAGAUAAAAACGUCUGAUGCCAGUUAACAUCAUAUUGAAAAUGAAAUUUUUUUUUUAUUCAUACAGGCUGUGUAUAAUUAUGGGAGGUGUAUCUAGUGCAGCAUAAAGAGAAACUAAAGUACGUUAACGCCUAAACGGCAGAGAAUUGAGCAGCAAGAUUGCAAGGGCAUGAUCUAUACAUUAGACGAAAGUUGUUUUGGUGCCUAUAGUGUCCAUUUAACUGCAGACUUAAAAAGUGGCUCAGUGUUUUGGUUAUUCUAUCCCUAUGCCCUGGCUUAUAUUUUAUACUCCGCUCCCAACUAUUUUUAUUAAGUCUUUUCUUCUUUGUGCUGUAGCUCAGUACCUGGGCACAGCCAUUUUGUUAUUUUUCUGCCAUUGAUGUUUUCUAUUAGCCUUUCUGUGGGGUUGUUUUGUUUUUUUAAUGGAUUGUGGGUAACUGUGAUUAUUAACGGAAACAGAACUUUCUGUUAAGUUACACCUAUUGUUGAGUUUUGUCAACUUGACGACUAUAUAUUAGAAAAUGUAGUCUCGACUUUUCUUUAUGCCCUUUGUGAAAACCAAAAAGAAUCAUUUACAGGAAGCUCUUUAGAAGCAAAUUAGAUGAAUUUUAUUUUGGUGAGAGAUCAGAUUUGAAGGGACAUUAUAGUCACCAAAGCAACUUUAGCUUAAUGAAGCAUUUUUUUGUGUAUAGAUCAUACCCCUGAAGUCUCACUGUUCAAUUCUCUGCCAUUUAGGAGUAAAAUUACUUUUGUUUCUGUUUAUGCAGCCCUAGCCACACCAUCUCUGUGGUUUCAUUUUCAUUCAGGUGUAAGUUAGUUUAAAAGUUUUUACCUCUUGUUCUGUAAAUUGAACUUUAAUAACAUGCCGUGGGCUCCUGCGGCAUAUAGCAAGCUAUUACCAGAGUAGGAGAUUAGAAAUUCUUGAUUAAACAGAAUUUGCAAUAAAGCAAAUAUAAACAUUAGAUGACUCUUUACAGGAAGUGUUUAGGAAGGCUGUGUAAGUCACAUGCAGGGAGGUGUGCCAAGGGCUGCAUUAACAAACUGAUUUAACUCCUAAAUGGUAGAGAACGAAGUAGUAAGACUGCAGGGGCAUGAUCUAUACACCAAAACUGCGUUGUUAAGCUAAAGUUGUUUUGGUGACUAUAGUGUCCCUAGAAUGGAUUUUUAAUAGUGGUUAGAUUUAUUAGUUUUGGACAUUUUCACUGGAUAUGGUUUUAAACGUGUAUUCAUUUCUGUGUUUAUAAAAUAUUUUACCUGAAAGGAUACAUUGAGAUUUUGCUCAUUUUUCAGUACCCUCACAUUUUAAUCAAAUAAUUUACCAUUCGUUACGAAGUUUGCCAAAAUGGCAUGUUGAUAAGCCAGCCUUCAUGGAAAAUGUCCUCUAGACAGAUGAAACAAAAGUAGACCUUUUUGGAAAAUUACAACCGCUACAUGUUUACAGAAGGAAACAAAUAAGCUUUCAAAGAAAAGAACACCAUUCCUACAGUGAAACAUGGAGGAGAUUCAGUGAUGUUUUUUCUUUUUUUGGAGUUGCUUUGCUGCCUACUUACUGAGUGCCUAGAAUCUGUGCACGGCCCAAGGAAAUCUGAAGCCUAGCAAGGCAUUCUGGAGAGAAAUGUACUGCCCAGUGUCAGAAAGCAUGGGUCCUCAAGUAAGGUAAUGACCUAGAACAUACCUCAAAAAGCACCCAAGAAUGGAUGAGAAGAAUACAUAGGACCUUUCCAAAGUGUCAUGCCAGAAGACCAGAUAUGAAUCCCAUCUAACAUCUGUGGAAAGAGCUGAAACUCGCAAAUGGGAAAAAGCACUCAUCAAACCGGAGAUGUUUGCUCAAGAAAGAGCCAAAUUCCUGGUCAAAACGAAAUCUUAUUCAUAUCUACAGGGAUUGCUUGAUUGCAGUUAUUGUCUCCACAAGGCAGUGCUACAAUACAAAAUAUAAGAUUAAAGGGGCUCUCCAGAUCCCUAAAGCACUUCAGCUUGCAUUAUGGGUGAAGAGUGUCCCCUCUUUUUUUUUUUUUUUUUUACAAAAAGUGCAGAUUCCAAUACAGAUUGGCCCAGAGCACCUGCCCGGCAAAUACUGCACAUGAAGCUGCAUUGGGAAUUCUGUGAUUGGACAUCAACAUAAAUUCUAGACUGGGAUAGAAGGGGAGGACUUGCAAAGGCUGCAUACAACAUUUCUGCAUGAUAUGCAAGCGAUAUCCAAUAGAGAUUUAUCAUUAUUUAACUAUGCAUUUUUCAUUGAGGGUAUAUCUACUAAAUCAGGGGUAGUCAACUUGGUCCUUACCGCUCACUAGUGGGCGGUUUGGGAUUUCAGAUGAGCAGUGGUGGGUUCUGAAGAAAACGCCCAGUGGGCCUUGAUGGCAGGGGAGAUCCUUUCAUCAUCCCUGCCGGCCCAUGCAGAGCCAGCCUUGCUGUAAGCCCUCACGGGCUGGUGAGGAGAUCGAAUAUCUCGCUCACCGGCCCGCCGGCACUUAGUUCCAGCAGAGAGAGGGAAGGACCUGGGAGGCUCUGUGUUCCUCCCGUGAGCCGGCUGGUCGGAGUGUUGCUGCGUAUUACCAUAACAACGCUCCGAUACAGUGCUCUGCCCGCAGGAGGCCAGGAGAGUCAGCCUGCAGCCGAAGGAGCUUCAGGCUAAAGUGAACAUGCCACCACUGGACCACCAGGGCUUGCAGCAUUAUGUCCCCCUUCCCCGGUAAAAGGUAAGAAGAAGGGAGGGGGAGACAUUAAGAUAGAUUUUUCACUAUUCACACAGCAUAGACCCUAUGCACUCUUUGCACACAAACACACACUGCUUCUCACAUACGCACAGCACCAUUCACACAUACACUGUACCUCUCACACACCGCACCUCUCGGACACAAAGUACCUCUCAGACUCACAUAAAAAGUAAAAUGAAAAAAAAAAUUGAUAAAUUUAAGUACAUAUUAAAAAAAAAAAAAAAAAUCUUAAAUUUUUUUUUUUAAAUUGCACUUGCGCUGUAUCAGUUACUGCAGCACUGGUGGGCGGCAAGGAAAUUUUACCAUCAACAAAGAUACAAAAGUGGGCAUUAUGUAUAUUAAAAGGUUACCUACCCCUGUACUAAAUAAUGAUUUUAACUUGGGCAGUGGAGUGUCCCUUUAAGAGUGCCAAUAAUUAUGUCAGUGCCAUUCAUAUAUGUUUUAAUGUUUAAACCAAUAUGUUAAGUCAUAAAGCAAAAUAGAAGUUUUUGAUAGUGAAUACCAAAUACUUUUGUUAAUUUUCACUUCAUACAGAGAAAAUUGUGUGUUCAUAUAAAAGUGGAAGGGUGCCAAUAUUUCAGCUACAUCUGAAUAUCAAAAGCAUAAUGCUUAGCAUAUACGCUUUCCAUAGUUUUGUGAACAUUUUUCAAAAAUACAAUAAAAAAAUAAAUAAAAAAAUAUAUAUAUAUAAUAUAUCUAUAUAAUAAUAUAUCCAAAUUUCCAGAUCGAUAAUUGUCACAUUUCUCUAUUUUCGUUUCCAGUUUGCUACAGUGCAGAAUUUGGUAAAAUCCCCGCAAGCCAUAUUACACUGUUCCUUGUACAAAAAUUCUGACUAUAUGCUGGCAUCAGUAAGAGCUGAAAUGACUGCAUUAUCAUGUUCUGGUGGCAUAAUGUCUCCACCUAGUGGAUAGAUAGAUAUAUAUAUAUUAGACGGUCUAAAGAAGUGUUAGUAAAUCUAUUGCACUGGAAGCCCCAUCGUCAGUCCAAUGCACCUAGUUUUGACAUUUAAAUUUUUUUCCAUUGGAAUAUUUUUGGGAAUUUCAAGGGAUAAUUUGUUUGACAGACAUUACGAUAGAACAACUUUACAAACAAAUGUUGCUCUAGCUAGAACUGUCUGCUGUCAUCUAACCUUCCAUUUGUUCAGAAAUACUCUUUGUAAGUCAUGUGAUUUUGUUUUCACUUUUUAAAUCAUGUUUUUAGGGUUACAGGAAGACAUUGCUGAAGCUUAAACUAAAGAAAGAGCGCAUUUCGGAUGUGCAGAAAGCUUUGCAAAAUGGCACAAAAGAACUGGAAUUUGAGGAGUUUAAAAAUAGCUUAAAAGAGUAAGUAAAACACUGCAGAUGUAACUGGUUGUCAGAAUUGCUAAAUUAUUUAUUUUAAGCAUGAUGGGAGUUGUGUUCUAACAGGACACUGUAAUAUAUGAAUUAUUUAGGCAAUAAGCAGUUUAACAUUAUUCUCCAAUAUGGUCAUUUUCUGUUGUGCUGCGAGUAAGAUCUCCAGGUCAGCUCUCUUUAUAAUUUUGUUAUUGACUGACAUCAUUAAGCAAACAAUCCAUGCACCAUAACCGAUACAGCAUGCUGUUGUCAUUGUGGUACCAGGAGCGCCCUGGCCAACCCACAAAAUUUAAGUGGUCAAACAGUUUGCUACCAUUUUGACUUAUUAUCUGGGGACCGCAGAGCAUCACAUCCUGCCUCUCUGCAGCGAGCCAAGCAUAGCAUUGUUCCAGUCUGAUCUGAAGUGACCAGCUGAAACACUCAGCAAAUGCCCUGCCCCGAGACACAUUGCAGAGCCUUGCAACUCUCCACUUCAGCAGUGAUGAACAAAAUAGGAUCAACUGACAGAGCCAUUAUAUAAUCAAUCACUAAACCUAACCACUACUUCAUCCAUUUUUUCUUUCGUGAGAAAUAUCUAAAUAGUGUGAGUGUGUCCCCAAAAAGACAAGACACAGCAGUGCAUUGACCCUCAUAAGUGCAUAUACCCAUUGCGUUUCUUCUAAAAAUAUUCUGCUCCUCUGUUGCAGGAUGGGCCAUGAUGACCAUGAAAUUACUGCAGCCUUUUCCAGAUUUGACCAAGAUGGUAACAGAGUUCUAGAUGAAGAUGAACAAAAACAAAUGAGAAACAUCUUAGAGGAAAGGAGGGUAAGUACAUAACCACUGUUAAGAUGUUGUGUGUCUGAUGAUUCAGAUAUAAAUGUUCCUAUUCAAAUCAGUUUCAAGAGUUGGUACAUUAAAGGAUACAUUAAGCAUCAAAACAUCAUUACCAUAACUCAUCUCUGAAUGUCCUCCCAUCUUCUUAAAGCUCAUCCCAAACAGAGCUUCAAGUCUGCACUUACUUCAAGUGCAAAGAGAUGUAUAGAUUACCCCACCCCACUGACCAGGGGCCAAAUGUAAUUAUUAGUUAAAAUAGUGUAUACACAAUUGGCAGGUAAUGGGGUUAAUGAAGCUGUUUUUGUGUACAGACCAGUGUUCUGCAGUUUAGGAGUUAACUUACUUUGGUUAGGCAGCCCAUGGAGAUGCACAUUGUGCAGCACUGAUCCAGGAAGCACCUCUAGUAGCUACCUGAGUGACUACCACUAGAGAUGUAACUAGGCAGUAAUGUAAAUACAAGCAUUUUAAAUACAAUAAUACAGGGGUAGCAAGUUUUCCCUACACUGUUUUAAGUGUUUUGGGAGUCUGGAGUGUCAUUUUGACACAAGAAAAUAUAGUUUAUUUUUUCCCCUUUUGGCCCUAAAAUCCUACCUCCUCUAAAUUCUGCAGCUAUGCUGAUCCACUCCUUUCAAGCAGCAAAAUCAUGCAAAAUUGUAUAAAACAAAAUACAUGAAAAUAGUUAUUGAUAAAAAAACAAAACUAUAUAACAGUAAUACAUAUCGGAUCUUUUCUAAAAUUACAUCUAUAAUGAAACAUUCACAUUGUCCAGGAAUAGGUACACUUUGCAUCACUGACAACCUUUUCCAAGUAUGAAGUUUUGAAUAAUACACCCUGUUCGAAAUUAUUAUGCAAAUUCUAUUUAAGUGUCACAAAGAUUAAAUAUUUUUUCAGUUUAACUCAUGGAUGGCAUUGUAUCUCAUGGCUCUUUUGAUCACUUAAAACCAUCUCUGACACCGAGGUAUGAAAACAUUAGAUAUUUCAUGAAAACUUAAGUGUGAUCAUCGCACUAUUAAGAGAUUUGUGGCUGAUUCAUGAGCACAGAUGGGUUUGUGCAGAUAAAGGCACAUUGAGGAAGAUUUCUGCCAGAUCCAUGCAUCGGAUCAAGAGAGCAGCUGCUAAAAUACCAUUACAUAGCAGCAAACAGAUAUUUGAAGCUGCUGGUGCUUGUGUAGUCCCACGGACAUCAAGGUGUAGAGUCCUCCAGAGUCUUGCAGCUGUGCAUAAACCUUCUAUUCGGCCACCACUAACCAAUGCUCACAAGCAGAAACGGCUGCAUUGGGCAGAAAAAUACAUGAAGACUAAUUUUCAAACAGUCCUGUUCACUGAUGAGUGCCGUGCAACCCUGGAUGGUCCAGAUGGAUGGAGUAGUGGAUGGUUGGUGGACGGCCACCCUGUUCCAACAAGGCUGCGACGUCAGCAAGGCAGUGGUGGAGUCAUGUUUUGGGCCGGACUCAUGGGAAGAGAGCUAGUCGGCCCCUUUAGGGUCCCCGAAGGUGUAAAGAUGACCUCUGCAAAGUAUGUGGAGUUUCUGACUGACCACUUUCUUCCCUGGUACAGAAGAAAGAACUAUGCUUUCCGUAAUAAAAUCAUCUUCAUGCAUGACAAUGCACCAUCUCAUGCUGCAAAGAAUACCUCUGCAUCAAUGGCUGCUAUGGGGAUAAAAGGAGAAAAGGUCAUGGUGUGGCCUCCAUCCUCCCCUGACCUCAAUCCUAUUGAGAACCUUUGGAGCAUCCUCAAGCAAAAGAUCUAUGAGGGUGGGAGGCAGUUUACAUCCAAACAGCAGCUCUGGAAGGCUAUUCUGACAUCUUGCAAACAAAUUCAAGCAGAAACUGUCCAAAAACGCACAAGUUCAAUGGAUGCAAGACUUGUGAAGCUGCUAUCAAAUAAGGGGUCCUAUGUUCAAAUGUAACAUGACCUGUUAAAAUGUUUAAAAAGUUAACUGACCUGGCAAAAGGACUUGUGCCAGCUGAACAUGCAAAACCAAAGAACCCAAUCAGAUGAUCUCAAAAAGAAAAUAGCCCAUAUUACACACCUCAUACACCGCCAAGUUCUUGAACAAUCCGGCUUUGCCCUCAGGAAACUGAAAUUGACACAGUACACUCAGGGUAACAAAGCUACUAGGCUAUUGGCGUCUCGCCUCAAAACCAAACAGAGCAAGCAAAAACUAGCAUUUAUACUUUUAAAAGAUGGAAAGAAAAUCAUGAUAUCCAAGGACAUUAGCGACGAAUUUGCACACUAUUAUACAACACUUUACAAUCUCAGGCAUGACACACUCACACACCAACCUUCGCGGGAGACAAUUGACGCUUGCCUACACUCCACUAAACUCCCCACACUUACGACGCAACAACAAAUAGACCUGACAAUACCUGUCACUGAGGAGGAAGUCCUAUCAGUGAUAAAAACUCUGAAAAUGGGGAAAGCCUCUGGCCCAGAUGGGUUCAAUAAUUCUUACUAUAAAACUUACCGCACUAUCCUAGCACCCCAGCUCACACAGAUGUUUAAUGAGGCGGUUGCCGGACAAGACCUACACAAAGACUCACUCAUGGCACAUAUCGUCACCCUGCCUAAGCCAGGCAAACCCCUGACCCAGCCACAAUAUUUUUGACCAAUCUUACUCCUGAAUACAGACGCAUAACUCUUUGCCAAACUGUUUGCCAUGAGGUUGGGGAAGGUUUUGCCCCACCUUAUACACUCUGACCAAGUGGGAUUUGUGGCGGGUGGGCAGGCAGGGAUCAGAGAACACCCGCAAAGUCCUUGACCUGAUGUACAGCAUGAGGCAACUUAACUUGGGGGGGGGGGUCAUGGCCAAGAUGGGAAUACCAGCGGAGUUCACGGCGGCUGUCAGGGCACUGCAGAGCACACUGACCACUCGAGUCCUCAAUGCCGGCUUCUUGUCGGAACAAUUCGAGAUCACAAAUGGGGCGCGACAGGGUUGCCCGCUAGCCGCUAGGAUUAGGGACAAUGUUAACAUUCACGGAGUCAAAAUAGGGGAACGCGAAUACAAAACAAAGCUGUUCGAGGAUGAUGUCCUUCUGACCUUGGAACAACCGCAGAUAUCUCUGCCGAACCUCCUCAGGGAAAUAAGAGUAUGGGGAAAACUCCUACUACAAACUGAAUGUGUCCAAGACACAAGCAAUGGGCAUAGCCAUCUCACAUACACUCGCUAGCUACACAGCAAACAUUUCAGUUAGACUGGAGGUCGGACUUUGUGUCCUGCCUAGGACUCCAAAUCCAGACAAUCUGUUCCACUUAAACUACGUCAGAUUCCGCACAGACAUCGAAGCGACCCUGAAGGCGUGGGAGGGAAAAUACAUAUCAUGGCUGGGUCGGAUGGAAGCAGUUAAGAUGCUCCUUUUACCAAGGCUUCAUUUCCCUUUUUCGUACCCUCCAAAUCCACAUCCCACAAUCAUAUAUCAACACUACACAGAAACUUUUGAUGCAGUUUAUAUGGGAGCGCAAGAAGGCAAGGAUUGCCACCAGAAUCCUUCAUAGUCCAGUGGAGGAUGGCGGCCUCAGCCAGCCGAACCUCAAGCUUUACUACCAGGCGGCGGUGCUCUCCUCGGUGGUGAGCUCACACGUCCGCAAGGAACCUCCACAAUGGAUAGCCAAAGAUUCAUACUGGGCCCACAUACCAACUCUCCACUACCUCCUUUGGGUCCCUAAGGCCAGAAAGAACAUGUAUGCUCCCCAUCACGAGAACGCGGGUGUGGGACAGGGGAAGACCACACUUGUGUGGCAGCAACCAGUGGUCGCAGUGCACCCCCCUGAGGAGUAUACAAGUAUUGAACCCCUCCUUCAAUUACCACACAUGGACAGGAAACGGAUGCACCCACAUACACCACUUGUAUCUUGACGGUAGACUACGAGCAUUCCCAGAUCUGCAACACAAGUACAAUUUGCCCCAUAGGGCGAUUUUCUCCUACUUCCAACUUAAAUCGACGCUAUCCAGCACCAGAGAGGGCGGAAUAUCCACACCAACACGUACACACUUUAAGCGAACAUGCAUGACAGACCAUACCCCCCAAAUAACUCACUCCACCAAUUACAAAUUUCUGAACCAAACAGAUCAUUGGGACACACAAAAGUACCUGACACUUUGGCAAACCUUAAAGUGGACGUAACCCCAACACGCUGGCGAACAGCGUUCCAAGCUCACAAACGCAGAACAUUAUGCACAUCCCAUAUAGAGCUCAUGAGGAAGAUUUACUACAGGUGGUACCUGGUACCAUCGAGACUCGCCCACAUGUACCCAGGGGCAUCAAGCAAUUGCUGGCGAUGCCACGCAGAACCUGGCACUAUGUAUCACAUAUGGUGGACAUGUCCCCACAUACAAAACGUUUGGGCAAUGGUUGAGAAUACACUGUCAGAGUUAAUACACACCCAUAUGACGCUCAGCCCCAGGUUGGCAUUGCUGUUCUUAGACCUUAACGACUUCCCCAAAGAUGAUGCCACCUUAAUAUACCACACACUUAUUGCUGCACUCAGGCUCAUAACCAGAGCAUGGAAAUCCACAUAUAUCCCCACCAAACAGGGCCUCCUCCAACAGCUUACCACUAACCUAGACUAUGAAAAUAUGGCUAGAACAAACUCACGUUACAACCAAGGGACACAACGAUGCAUUACCAGACUAGACACCUAUAAGACCGUUGGCACAACAGACUUGGGAAAAAUAGGGGAGACCAUAGGGAGGGACAAGUAGAGCCCUAGAAAGAUACGAACUAGGCUUAAUAGACCGUUAUUCACAACAGCAAUGCCUCUGGGGGCACCCUACCGCAUACCCAAAAACCAAGGAACCUCACUGUACACCCUGCCUGAACACCCCCGCCAGUCAUACCAUAAAGGAGUUGGCAGUCACCUCUCGCCCCACUAGAAGGACUCCGAUAGGACGGUACAAAAAGCUAUACGAUACCAAAGGAAACCAAGACGCCUCUUUUCCUAAAUAUCACCUAAUAAAUGAGUCUCUUUCACACCAUUAUUAGGCCGACGCAUCCACCUACCUGUAAAAUAGUUUUGCGCAAUCGCAAGCCUUGCAUGGCGACAGAAACGAGGCACUUUAACAACCUCAAGUAAUCGUACAUGACAAACCACCAAGACAGAGCUGCCCUGGGACUGGGUGACACUAGCAGCAGGACUGCUCAUCCCUUCUUGGCAACCUUAGUAUUGGUAGUAAAUGUGACAGUCUGUGAACCAGGAAGAUGUCAGUCAUAUAAAUGUCUUGAAUACAAUGUGCGUACUAUGCAAGGGGUGAAAACUGUUCUAACCGAUAAGUGCAACUUACCCCCCCUCCCUCUUCUUUUCUGUAACCCAAGAAAAUAAAUAAAAAUUGUCACGUUAAAAAAAAUAGUUUUAAAAGUUAAAAUGUUGUUAUAAGUUUGAUUGAAAUAGCUUUUGAUUUCGGUAAACAUGCUGCAAAUACAACAAAUGACAAUUUUCAGUUCUUUACAACCUAUAAAGUGUUUUGGAACAGUGCAUUGUAAGUUUAUGUUUAAAAAAAAUACUGUUAUCAUUAGGAGGUUUGUUCAAUAAAAUUUGAAUUGUACUCUUAAUAGUUGAUAACAUGAGAAUUAUGCUGACUUAUUUACAUAAAUUAUUUAGGCAAAUGAUAAAUAUAAUUUGCAUAAUUUGGAACAGGGUGUAUAUGUAAUCUCACUCAGGAUGUGUUCAGUGGGAUUUGCUGGCACCAGUAGGCAAUUAACACAGAGUGACUUCUAAAGUAAACACACUCUGUGUACUGAAUGAAUAUGAGGCUCCAAAUGAACAGUUUUUCUCAGGAAGUGUGUAGGGAAGCUGCAUAAUUCACAGCCAGGUGUGGCUAGGGCUUUAACUCCCAAAUGGCACAGAGCGGGGCAGUAGAAAUGCAGGGGCAUGAUCUACGCACACCAAAACUGAAGUUGGUUUGACCCUUUAACAGUUUUUUUCUUCUUCUAUCAGAAUCUUGAAUUCUUUUUAACUUCAACUGGAGAGAGUCAAAGUAAAAGGUCACUAAUGAAAAGACUUACUGGAAUUAACAUUUCAAUAUAAUCAAUCUGGCCAGCAUUGACUGGCUGAGAGUGCUGCGGUGGGCUACUACCUUUGAGAUAAUUUACAGGAUGGUUUGUCAUGAAUUCAGAGUGCUCUUAAAUGAGAUUUGUGAGAAAGCAGUUACAUUUUGAUAUGGGUAUGUCACAAGCAACUGCUCUUGAACUACUAUUCAACCUUUGGCCAAACCCUGUGAAACUUUUUGCUGUAGAAUGAUGGGAGUUGGUCAGGCCGUCUACUAAAUGAUUUGCUUAUUUUAGGUGGCUCUGAAUGCUGAGAUUGAGAAUCUGGGAAGAUCAUACAGAAACAAAGAUUUAAAUGAAGGUGUGAACCUCACAGAAUUAAAGAACGCGUCUGCUAAAGCAAGUUGGGUGUCACAAGAAGAAUUCACAAUGUAUGUAGCACAAUAUAAAACGUGUAUAUUUUACAGAUCUUGUAUUAAAGAGUGGGAUAUUUAAAUAAGCCAAAGCAUAAUUUUUCAGAACACCCUAAAACUCCACAGCAUGUCCGAUCUGUCUGCCUGCUCGAAUUUAUUUGAAAACUAAAUGGGCAACUUUUUGGCUUAUCAGUCAUAAACUACAAACACAAGUUAGUAUACGUUCAUAUAGAAGUCAAUCGUGGUUAUUCACUAAAAUGUGGAGAAUUGAAAGGGAAUUUAACAUUUUAGACCUAAAUAGCAGAUUUGUUAUCAUUUUGGCUACUUCAGCAUAAAGCUUGAAAUUAAUUUUUAAUUGCCCAUUCACACAAAUACUCACGUCAGGCUAUAUAGUACACGGAAGUCCACCGUAUGCAGGUUAUAACAGGACAAAUGUAUAUAUUUUAUUAUUAUUGGUUAUUAUUUAUUCCUUUAAUUUUGAUCUUAAAGUGCAAAGAACCUACAGAAAAAUCAUAUUCAUAUUGGUUUUCUCUAUUGCUAUAAUACUAGGAGAAGACUAAUCCCAGUAUAUCCAUAUAAUUUAUUUUACAGAUUUCUAAAGCGACUCCAGCAACUGGAAUUGUCCAUUGGUGGAAUAAUGAGAAAAAUAGAAUCGGUUGAAAUGAAACUCGAGACCAUGGAGACCAACAAAAUGAAGCAGACAAACAUCGUAGAUAAUCUGCAGAACAAUAUUGUGAAAGUGAGUUUCUGAAUUGGCUCUAACGUUAUGCAAACACACCUGGCCAUUAAGUUGUACAACGGUAGAAUAAAGUCAUGAGUGGAUAAGCCUAUAACAGGAUGUUAUUAUAUAACAAUUUAACCUUAACAGUAGGGUAUAUUACAUCAUGCUGAGCAACAGUGCUUAAUGGGAAGUUAUAUCUCAAACAGAGAUAUAAAAUCUCUUACUCUCCGCUCAUCAUCCUUUCUGGUUUGUGCAUUUGGUUGAAAUAACCUUGCUUCUCUUGUAGAUGACCUGGCACCGUUUAAGUUUUGUGAUAUGUUGUAGAACUAGAGAUAUGACCGGUAUCACAAUGUUAUUUACAUAACCUGAUUGAUAUUCUGCAAAAAGCAUAACGUAACAUAUUUGCAUUAUUUGAAAUUUUGUUGUAAUCUACAUGGAGGUAGGAAGGAUCAUGGCAAACUGUGAAGAGAACAAACAAACAAAAAAAAAAAAAACAGCAGAUCUAUAAAUUCACUAUUUAUGAAGUGAAGACACAGACAUAGGAUAAGUUACCUGGUACUCUUAGGUAAAUGCAUACGUAAAACAUUGCAAAAAAAAUGUCAUGUAUAAUCAAAACACAAACCUUUCACCCGCCUUUGUAAAUACCUAAAUAUUGGUUGUCCAUGAAUAUUCUAAAUGCUUAAAUUGUAUUGCAGAUAAAUUAUCACCUUUUAAUUAUAAAACAUUUGUAAAUGAACACUUUUAACCUCUGUCCUUUUCUUCUCCUAUAGGAAAAACAAAUUAGCCAGGAAGAAAUGCUCCAUCGCAACCUGGGACAGCUUGUGAAAGAGGAGAAGGAAGGAUGGGAGUCAGAAUAUAAGUCUAGGAAUAUUACGGACCCUUCCCACAGAAACAGCAAUACGCACUACCCAAACAUGGCUGUCUCACAGAAUUCUUUAAAUUUCCCUUAGAUCCAACACUGCUUGCAGUCUAAUAUUGUGUAUAGUUUACAACUGUCUCACCUUUUAAAUUGCCUAAAAAUACUUAAGAGAUUAUAUUUUAAAUAACGGAGCUAUUUCUUUAAUGUUGCACUUAAAAUUGUAUUUCAAGCAGACUAACAUGCUUAAACAAGCACCCCCAAGCCCCACAACCAAUACAGUGCAGGGCUUAGCUCAGAAGAGCCAACGGAAGCUCCAAGCAGGAUGUUGUGGCACUCCAUAGCAUUACAGAAGAGGCAGGGAGCAGUGUCUGGUAAGAAGUCAAUACGUUAUUAAAUCCUUUGACUAAUUACAUUGACGGGCUGUGCUGUAUUUGUUAUGGUACUUGGAGUGUUUAUGUUGCCUUAGUGCCCUGGCACCACUGAUGAUGCAGAAUUCCCAUUCCGCAUUGCCAGUUUUGUCCAAGCAGGUUAGCCCACCACCCUCCGCCAAUUAAUGCCAUCCCGAGCUGUGGAGGGGCAGUUUUUAGGAAUCAAGAAGAACCCAGAUUAUUUAAAACGAUUUCUAAAGUUCUGAACUUAAAUUGGGUGACAGCCCCAAAACGCAACAACAUAACCACCACAGCUUGUUGUACUGCUUAUCUCUUAGAGUGACCCUUUAAGGUGAAAAUGUCACCUAGAAACAGUAGUUUAGAUUAUUUAUCAUCAAGGGAUAGCUAAGAAAUUCAAAUCAAUAGCUUCUCUGUUGUUAAAGUACCGAAACCAUUCCAACCUACUGCAAACAUUAUAGAGCAGGUUACAAUCCUAUUUUGUGUCAAAUUUCCUGCAAAGGCAAAAUCCUGGAGAUUCCCU